GCUCGUAGAGUGAUUUGUUUCCGAGGUGUUUCUCCAUCAACUGAUUAUCUAGAUCUCUAUUCAUAACCAUGAACUCCUCACCCUUGUUGCUUACCGAGAUUCUCACUUGACGAUUUUUCUUCAUCUUGAUUAAUUUCGAUAACGCUCAACUUUGUUGUAGAGAGAGGUUAGGAGGGUUAGGUUUAAAUUUAUGUUUGUUAACCACUUUAUUUGCUUCGUGUUUCCAAAGUUUAAUGAUGAUUCUAGUUGUUCAAACUUAACUUCUGGAGCUCGGCAAGGUUUCUCAAAAGAUGAAUGUUCAGUAGCUUUGAAAACAGUUUGUGGUUCACUAUAGGUUGCUCUAGCCAGACUAUUGUCUGAUUCUGAACUGUUCCUAAAUAUUUCUUUCCAGCGCAGUUGGUAUGCAAGUUUCGCGAGUUGAACAUUAGCAUAUAGCUCUGUUUGCUUAGGUCCUUAGGUCCAGCCAUAUUUUUGUGAUCAGUGAGAAUGACCACCCACAGACCACGGUUGGUGACCCACGCCAGCGAUCAUUGAUGAACUUCAGACUUCGCUAAUGCUUCCCUUUCCCUGGGUGUAAAUAGCCGGGUGGAAUUAGUACCCUUGCCUCGGGUUAAUGCCGGAACAGCGCUCUGCACCUCUUCACAAGGUGUUACACUAUUGGCUGCCAGCUAGUGUAAUCGCAGAAAACUAAAUAGCCGACCGCCAGCCUUUUAGAGACUUUGAGACAGACAUACCCUCUAGUACACCCAUCAUCCACAACACAACCCUGUUCAUCCUUACCUGCCGUAUACAACAGUUGAACACAACCCAGCUACAGUGGUAAACUAAUGUUUGGGGGCCAUCAUGGCAACCAAUGGUAAAUUGACCUAUAGCCAGCAAAUAUCUACACACUUCAUCAUUGCAUGUCUGAUUGCUGACGGCCGAUGAUGGCGAGGAGUUUGGUCACGCUGCAAACAACUUUGUACGCAACAACUUCUAUGGCGACGAUGGCCUCUCAUCUUGUUCUAACCCUGCCAAAGCUAUAUGUCUCGUCAAGAAUACCCAAACAAUGUUGGCAAUGGCAAAUCUUAGGUUACACAAGAUUGCAUCAAACACGGUAGAGGUAAUGCAAGCACUUCCACCAGAAGAUCAAAUUGACCUUCAACAAGACUCACUACUGUCUCAACGUUCCUUGGGUGUUAUGUGGAAUUUACAAAACGACAUGUUAACAUUCUCUAUUUCCUUACCAGAAAACCCCUUUACCCGUCGUAGAGUUAUAUCAGUCAUUAACUCAAUAUAUGACCUGUUGUGUCCCAGGGAGGGAACAAAGUGUCAACCAAGGAACACAAAAUAAAAAAAAGCUUUUUAUUCGUACAACCACAGUGAAAACUAUACAAAUACACGGAAACAAAUAUCGUACACAAAUUACAAAUAUGUAAACAAAUAAAUGGCCAACUGAUGAACAAAUACAACAGAAUACAUACAUCUAUGGCUUUACUCCACUCCAAAUGCUAAAUAAUUUGUGUUCCUCCCCGAAUAACUUGUGAUUUCUAAGGUUUAAAGUUUACUCCAGCUCUAUAAGUUCAAAUAUGGCCGCCAAAAUCAUUAGGUGGCGCUGGGAGGGCACCAUCAAGUUCCUUGUGCGGGUUACCACAUCCAACGCAUUUAGAGGUUUGGGAAUGACAAAAUUGUAACAAAUAUGUUAUAUAUUGUCCAGGGGUGGGGGAUGGAAGCGGUAUGCGUUGUGUGACAGCAGAUAGAGCGACUGAUGUAUACCGUGGUGUCAUGUUGGGUAUUGUAGAUGGUGCUGUGGGUUAUGUUGAAGUAAGUCGCUCGACUGAUUUGACCCUGCACGCAAUAAAAAUGACAAAAUAUUCGGCUGCAUUUGCAUAAAGGGCAUGGUAUACUGAUGUUGUAGAUGGUGCCAACGUUUGCGGGUGUUGAAGUAAAUCGCUCGACUGAUUUGCACCUGCACACGAUAAAAAUGAUGGCAAUAUAUUUGGCUGCACUUGCACAAAGGGCAUGGUAUACUGUGAUCGGCACGAUGUUGUAGAUGGUGCAGACGUUUGCAGGUGUUGAAAUGAGUUGCUCGACUGAUUUGGUCCUGCAGACUGAAAUAACUUCCAACACACUAGGUGUAAUUGUUGUCACUGUCCCACCGACUGUUUUGCUUCUUUUUCUUGGUGGCUGAUUUCCUUUUUUUGAACAUCCUUGUGGCAUUCCAUAUGUGAUGGCUUCGGAAAAGUCAAUACCUCCAGUGGAAAAGUCAAUACCUCCAGCGAAGAUGCUUUUCCAUUCUUUUAAAUUUUAUGCUGAUGGCAAGAGUGUGCUUACAAAUAAUCUUCCAUGAGGAAUAGCCAGGGCAACUAUCAUCACAUGCAGUCAUUCCGUUUGGAUAGACAUUUACGAUAUAAGGCUUUCGAGCGUUGCAAUGGGAAGGAACAACGUAUGUACCAUUUCCUUGCUCAAUCAAUUUCCCACCAUCUUUUGCAAGAGCUAUGACUUUGCUCACCAUUGUUGAUAACAGCUCCCAUGGAAUCCAAUCAACACCAGCAUUUAUUAUUUCAUUGACAAUAGGCUUGGCGGAGGCACCGAGGAUGUUGGUGAUAUCUUCGACAGUUGAAGCGGACGACCGAUCUAAUGUGACACUGUGCACUUUCACGAGUGCAUUUUUUCUCUGAUCUUCCCGCAUUUUUUCUCUGAUCUUCCCAGCGUUCAUCAUCUGUACCAAACGCCAUCUCAUUGCGUAGACCGGGCUGGAGAGUCUUCAAUGUCCCACUGAAGAUUGAAUAGGUUUCUGUUGUCUUCUUCUUAUGAAGUAGCACAGGACCAAUCAAUGAAGGGUGUUUACCGUCACGCUUAUUCUCUAACAGCAGAUGCUGAUAUGUAAUUGGGGUGACGUUGUAUUUUUCUAUGUCAAAGGUCGGAUCUACGGUGAAAGGGCGGAAUUCAACCGGGUCGCAACAAAAUCGUUUCAAAUCAUUAAGUUGUCUAUCUGUUGACAUGAUGCAUAAAGGUUCGGGUGCAAUCCUUACAUCUCGGAUGAAAGUUUUCCUGUUUACAGCUUGUUUCUUGCAAUCCCCAAGAUGGCGAUACCAAGGAUCAUUGUGUUUGUUACCAGAUGACAGUCAGGUCAGGUCUCGAUUCCUCCAAGGUCUUCCAUGAUAACUUUGUGUACAACCAUCGCAAGGUUGAAGACUCUCUGGCACACUUUCCCACGUUCUGAUAUAUGGCUUUGAGGCUUUUUUUUUCUAAUUCCUGUGUUGUUUUGGAUGUAUCGGUCGCUCUAUACCAUUUUUAAAAGAAUACUGCGCUAACACAUAUAUGAAUUGCGCACCGUUGGGCACUAUAAAUAUGACUUUUUAAUACAAAAAAAUUAAUAUAAAAAUGCAAAUGUAAUGAACAAAAUAAAUGUCAAUGCAAACGUAUACCGAUAUCAGAGUUUUUAUACUUACAGAGAAUUGUGUCAAUUCUUCUAAAAUCUCCACCAUCAUCACGUAAAUUGUAAUAACUGCGCUUCAGGGUAUUAACAUCAUUUGUGUGUGAUCUCUGACUUUGGGAAAGCUUCUUUUCCACAAGGUUAAAUUGCCCAUCAAGCUCUACGAAUGGAAACUUAUUAUAGCUGUUAUUCUGCUAGCUACCAACAUCAUCACAUUUAAUGUCUUCGCAUGAUUUGAGAAAAUGCAAGUCUACUAUAAAUGUACAAUGACGAUCCACUCCUAUUGGCUGAUGCUGACAGAUGCGAGAAGAGCUAACAAUAGUCUUAACACUGUACAGAACACAUAUGACUUCAAUUGGAGUCAGCACACUGCAAUUCAAUGAGUAUAUCGGCAUCAGAAGAUCGCCAUUAUAAUAUGACAGCUCUUCGAUACUGUCGCUGGCGCUGCUGGAGUCAUGCCUUCUUUGGUGCAUUUCUUCAGUGCCAUGACUGGUGCCCAAAUUAUCUUCUGCUGCUGCUGCUGGGUGUAUUUGGGUGAAUUGCUUGGGUAUGCAGCUGUCUGCUGUAAAAUUUCCUGGAGUUGCUCUAGCAUAGAACUAUCCUUCAAAAUAUCUAACUGCAAUGGGUACUUUAAGUUUGGAUUAACCAAAUUAAACAUGACCAUACUGAAUGCCCAUAUAUCUACUUUCUGAAGACUGUUGAAGUUGGCAGCCUUGCGGCACGAUUUAAUUAGGAUUUCUGGUGCCAUAUAUACAGGAGUUCCUCUAAUAAAAUUAUGAAAUCAAUUAAUGGUAUCUAUACUUAUGUUUCAUAUCAUACAUAUAUUAUUCGGGAACAAAUUCCCUAGCCGGAACAAUAUUAUUUCUCUAUAUAUAGCCACAUAUUGACAAUACAGUAAGUAAAGGCAUAUAAUUUCAGUACUUGGUUAUUUCAACCAAAUGCUAUAGCUACUGUAUGAAAUAGGGCAUUAAGGUAUCAAAAUACUGUAUCGCAAAUGUGAUGAUUUGCAGUUAGGUUUCAGUCAGUUCACCAAAUGACUUUGAUUUAAUUUUGAUUUAUACAAAAAAAUAAUUCUUUGCCAAAUCUCGAUAAAUGCAUGCAGCCUGCAUGUGAUACCCUCCAUGCAUGAAAAUACCGACACAAGGGCCAUCGUAUCAAAGGCGUUUAGCUUAAGCUUAGUCAUUCACAGAGUGAGUGUGUGAAAGCGUUAUUGAAAAUAUUCUGCUUAACCACUGUUUAAGCUAAACAGGCUCGGUACAACUGAACCCACCUUGCAAAUACCGAACCUCGUUCCCAGGGUCUUUAGGAAAGACCCUGGUAUCAGCUGGUCAUGUGCCUCGUCUAAAAUUGAUUGUCCGAGGGGGGUGUGGUGAAAGUAUCAAAUUACAAAAAGUUAAAAACAUAAAUUUUGCAAACUAUUACCAGUAAGUUCAAAAUACUUGCUAAUUUUUGUUUAUUUUAUUUGCUUUGAAUUUUCAAGAACAUUCUUACAUUUUUACCAACAGUCAAGUAAAGAAACCAAGCAAAUCGUUACUCGCAGUGCUCUCUUGUGUUAUUAUUAUUCAAUGCUCUCUUCACACUCGAGCGCCGUUUUAUAACAAACGUUUAUGGGCUUUUCAGUGGUCACCAUUUCUACAUAUCUAAUGUUUUUAAAACAAGCAUUAGAUUUGUCCUUUUUUGUAAACGUUGCUAUGCUUUGCACGUCUUGCUUAUAAGAUUUUUAAAAGAAACAGUAUUGUAUUGUCUUGUCUAGGACUAUAGAGUAGAGCCCAAUAUCAGCAAAUGUGAACAUUUGAUACUAGCCAAACAGAGAAAUGUCUGUCAGUGAUUUAUCUUUAAAAUUUUGGAUUUAGUACAUAAUUUGUAUUCAUUAAUUAUAGUAAGGCUUUAGCCUUUUUCUUGGUCAGAUAAUGUUUUCCUAAUAUGCACACAACUAGGCUAUAAUCUACAUCACAAAUUUACAGUGUCAGACGCGCACAGACUGCCAUACGAAUACACAUAAAUUUUCGAGUUUUCUACUUCUACUAAGGCUACUAACAGUUUUCAUUGUGUCUCAAUCAUCUGUUUAUGUUAAUUUAUAUUUCUAUAUUUAUUUGAUAGUGGCAUAUAUAGUGAUACAUGUAGGCAAUUUACACACAAGCAAUCCUGGAUAUGAUAGAGACAAUACAAGCUGUUCAUUAAAAAAUAAUGGUAUAAUUCUAUAAUUUCACAAAGCAAAAAAUUUAAAUCUCACUUGUGUUAUUAAGAAUAUAUAUAAAGCAGAAAAUUAAAGCUUGUGUCAAAACGAAAGCUGUUUAUAAAAUUUAUAAAUGUGGUAUAAACACAGUAGUAUAAACAGUAAGACAAAUAUAUUGUCGUUUGACUUAUCUUUGAUGUAUGACUUAACUGUAAUACCGUAGAUUUUCAACAGACAGCUAGACUUUGACAUAUACCAUGAUCAUUGAGAUCUUGCAGGAAAUUUUAUAGUCUUUUGACGGGAUUUAAGUUUUGUGAUAAGGCCUUUAUAAUCAACAAUCUCAAUACAGUUGGCGUCUUGGCGAUAUUUCGGAAAUCAGAAGAUCUCGCUAUUUCGUUCUAAUUCCACAUCUCAUCAAUAAAUAUAUUCUUUCGUCCGAGUAUCAGGUUAUACUUUAAUACUAACAGUGAAAUAAAUAUAAACCACAUUGGUCGGUUUGGAUUUUAGAGAUUUUCGGAUUGGACAUAUGAAUUUUCUUGUAGAGUAGGCCUUAUUGCCACGCCGCCUGGGCGCUUUCUUUGGCAAGUCUACAAGUUGAAAUCUGAUCCAACUUGCUUGAAUUGUAACUCGACACUAGAUUAUAGAGCAGAAAGACACAUCACGAUAAAUAUUAAUUUUUAAUUGCAGUUCUUUUCACGAUUUUCUGGUUGCAAAUUUAAAUUUCAUCACACAAAAUUGCAAAUAUUGUUACAAACGCGACAAACACGCUCCUCUCCCACCCUGCCCAUAGUAUCAUUUUAAUUUAUCACCCAGAAUCUGGGUGACACGUGACCAGCCGAAACCAGGGUCUUUCCUUCGCCUCGCGCCGUUCUAAGAAAGACCCUGGGAAUGAGGUUGGCAAAUACCUGUCAACAUUUUUGGUCAGGCCUCGAUAUUGCGAGCGAAAUUCAAAAUGUGCCUGCAAAAACACAUCUUGUUUAGAUUUUGUGACCUAAAAAUUGUUAAAAUGUCAGUAUUUUAAAAUGUGCCUGCAAAAAUGUAAAAAGUGCCUGCGAGUGGUGCUCGGACACUCGCACAUUUUAUCGAUGCCUGUUUUUGGUCCUAGAAUGGAGUGCAGCUGCUGUUUUUGCCAAAGUCAGCAAGUUUACAAACGACAGGUCUUUCAGCAAAUGUUUCAGAUAUGGCUUUUUCAUCUAACAAGUCGCAAUAAUGCUGAUUACUGACAAGAAUAUUCUUGGCUUUCAGGUCACGAUGUGUGAUGCCUUUUGAAUGCAAGAAUUCCAAGCCUUUGGAAAUUUCGCAUCCCAUUUUUGGAAUCCAGCUAUUUUCAAAAUAACCAAAAGCGUCUAUUUUAUCUACAUAGUUGAGGAAGUUGACUAAACUACUCAGUUCUUUCGAGAUCUCAAAGUGAGAAAUUGAAUCCCAAAUACUCCAUCAUUAUCGCACAUGGAGAUGAUGAAAAAGCUUUCAAGCUUACAACAUUUUCAUGCUCGAAUGAAAACAUCAACCUUGCUUCCUUUAUAAAACACUCUUCUUCGUCGGCCGAUCCUCCAUGAAGUUUUUUUGCCACAAGAACCUCAUCAUCGUACCUCCCUUUGUAGAUGACUCCAUAAGCUCCAUGUCCAAUCUGUUCUUUCUCCUCUAUUUUUUCAUAUUCAAAGCAAGGUAAAUCUUCGCGAUAUUUCUUUUUGUCACAGCUCCAGACAUGAAGGAAUUUCAAUGUCGCGACUACCAAGUUUGAUUUUAAAAUAGCAAAUAUCAUUUAGUUUCAAUAUUUGAAGCAAUUUUACUUUGAAUUUUUAUGAAUGGAUAUCAAAUCUUCAUAAAUUCAAACUACAGAGACUUUAAAAUAGUAUGAAGUGCUUAUAGACAUAUUUUUAAAUCAAACGUGUUAGUCGUGACAUUGAAAUCCUUAUGUCUGAGAGCAACUUUGGAAACGUUUGUGGGCGGUGCCAUGAUUAUAUUUUUUAUAUUUUGGGUGUGUCUUGCAAAGCCAUUAUUUGGGCAGAUUUUUCAAUAUUUGCUGCCGCAGGCAGCACUCCUAAUCUCGACAUCAAGCUUCUCCAGGGUUCACUCGACCCAGUCUUUCACGCCGAUUUAUGUAUAGUCGAGAUCGAGAUCUUGUGUCUGUCCAGAUGUCGUAAUUCUGGGGAACGGACGGGGGGAGUGCGAGAAAAAUAUUGAAUUGCGUGCGCAUAUUGCAACUUUGCAAGCUUUCAUAUUCUCAUGAUUUUUUUCUGUGCUGGUGUAUUAAAUCUGCAUCUGACUUGGAUAAUUUCUGACUUGAAUUUGACUAUUGGAAAAUACGAACACUUCCCAAAGAAACCAGGUAAGUAUGGAUUUAUUUCUUUCUGCUAAUAUACCUAUCAAGGCGAUGAACUGUUUAGCGUUCAUUCUAGAGGCAAGCAAUGUGCAUUUAUGAGUUUAUCGGCGCUUCUUACAGCCCGAAAUGUCCCAUUGUCCACGUGGUUGUUUACAACAAUUAAUAAUGUCUUAAUACAGGGAGACAAGAUGUACUUAAGAGCUUUGAAUAAUGGCCUAUUAGUCCUAGACCCUGGUGUAGAAUUUUUGUCUAUAGCUAAUUUACCAACAAUUGUUACUGUUAAUAAUUUAUGUACGAAUACAUGUAGUCCGAUGAAAAAUCAGGGUUUAAAUCUACCUGUGGCCGUGGAGGUAGUUCAAAAUACAAACAAUCUACCUGUGGAGGUAGUUCAAAACAAUCUACCUGUGGAGGUAGCUCAAAAUAUAAACAAUCUACCUGUGGAGGUAGCUCAAAAUAUAAACAAUCUACCUGUGGAGGUAGCUCAAAAUAUAAACAAUCUACCUGUGGAGGUAGCUCAAAAUAUAAAUAGUGAUCUACCCAUUGUGGCACAAAAUAACAAUGUGAUUGAGGCACAAAAUAUAGCAUUGAUCUACCCAUUGUUUUGGAAGAACAAACUGGCAAAAAUGAAAACCAAAUUUGGUUUAUAACUUAUGGAAAGGAGCUUCAAGGGCUUGUUAUAACUGAUCGGGAAAUUGAGUUUCCUUACUAUGAUAUUCAUACAGCACUUUUGAAUAUAUUCUUGAAUGACAGUCAUGCUAUUUUAAUAUUAGAGGACUAUAUGAUGGCCUUAAUAAAGCAAAUGAAUGAUUUCUUUUUCUUUGACUUCCAUGCCAGAGACUCUAGUGGAAUGCCUGAUCCUAAUGGCACUGCUGUUGUCAUGAAGUUUACUAACAUUCUAGAGUUGGAGCAAUAUUUGUAUUCUCUGUCAAUAGAACUACAUACCAACUCUUUUGAAAUUGUACCUGUGCAGUUAAAUAAAUAUAUAGCUUCCAAAAGCAAAACUAAAGUUGAAAAUGAUAGAGAAUAUCAGAAAAAGAGGCGUUCAGUAGAGACAAACAAGUGAUAAACAAGCUAGGCUUAAAAAAGCUAGUGAUUAUAAAAAGAAAAUUCAGUCAGACAAAACUGACAGUGAAAGACAAAUCAGACUCCAGAAAGUAAGAGAUAUGAAAAAAAGAAAACGGUCAGAAGAAUCUGACAGUGAGAGACGAAAUAGACUUGAGAAAGAUAGACUGUCUAAAAAGCAAAAGCGGACACAAAGAGUGUCACAGCCUCAAGCUGAACUGAGCCAAACUGAUUAUUUAAAUUUGUUUGACAUCACUCAAAAUGGUGGUAUUGAAGAACAAUCUUGGGCAAAAGCUAACAUUAAUAAGUUUAAUAAGUCUGUGCAAUAUACUGUCAGUCAGUGUACAGUUUGUCAGGAGGCAUGGCCCUUGAAAUCCAAACCAAGAUCACCUUAUGUGUGUUUACAGUGCUGUAGAGAUAAAAAAUCUCCUCGUAAGUUUUCGUAUGAAAAUUCAAUGAUACCUUCAUCUGUUCCACAUGAAUUACAGAAUUUAACUCAGAUUGAAGAAAUGUUAAUUGCUCGUGCUUUGCCUAUCAUGUGAGUUUAUAUUAAACCUGGCGGUCAGAGAGGUUACUCAGGGCAUUGUAUUAACAUGCCACAAAAUGUCACAGAGCUUGCAAUGUCUUAGCCAAGAUACCUAAAGACUUGGCUAUUAUUAUUGUCAAAGUAAAAGGUAGAGACAACACAUUCAAAGAUGUUACAGUGCGAAAGCAAAAUGUGCACAAUGCCUUAGUGUGACUUAUAACCAAUAAUCCACAUUAUUCUCAAUUAACAAUUAAUGAAGAUGCAUUAAAUUCAUUACCUGAAAAUGGUGUACCACCAGAUCUCAUGACUGUUGAGACUGAUGAUGAUAUAGUCUCAGAUGACAAUUGUAAUUCUCCUGAUGUAGGCCCCUCCUACUGAUAACCCCUCAGAGGAUAUUGUUAUGAUGAUUCUACUGAAAUGAGUAGUUUUUUACCUGUUGGCGAACAACAACAACAGGAAAUUGAAGCCGUUAGAAACCAGCUUUCUGAAAAUGAGCCAAUGCCAUGGCCUUCGACUGAAAAUGAGCCAUUAAAUGAGUAUCAAGUGUCACAUCUGGCCACAAUGGCUUUCCCAACUUUGUUUCCAGAUGGGAAAGGUGAUCCAACUAAUCAAGGACGUCUGAGAGAUGUCCCUCUUCAGGAACGAAUAAAGCAUCUUCUAAAAUUUGCUGAAAUUAUUGAUAGUAAAUGGGUAUACCAUUUUGCUAACCACCCCAGAUUUUCAUAUUUUGCCUUUAAUAUGAUUCAAAGAAAACGAAUCUUACAACAAAGUGGAAUAUUUCUUAAACAAAACCCAGGUGAAGCACAUCUCACCAUUGAUGAACUGCGAGAAAUGGCUUCCAGUAACAAUGCUAGAGUAUUUAUGUCUAAAGUGUCGAGAUAUGUUGGCAAUAUUGCGGGCACUAAUGCUUACUGGAAUAGAGUAAGAGAAGAACUCAAGUCUAUUAUAACUAGUGUUGGAGCACCAACAUUAAUUUUUACCUUUUCCUCUGCAGAUAUGCAUUGGCCAGAAUUACAUGCUUUAUUUAAAGCGAGUACUAAUUGCGGAAUGGGUAGUUCUACCAGUAAUGUUAGACGACAAAAUGUCAUUAACAAUCCCCAUGUUGUGGAUUGGUUUUUUACCCAAAGAUUAGAAAACUUUGUAAAACACUGGCUUUAUGAAACACUUGGUGCGAAAUGGCACUGGUUUCAUUAUGAAUACCAAGGUAGAGGUAGUAUCCAUACACCUAUCGCAAAAUCAACCGAUGAUAUCAUUUUCAUUUGCGCUGCACUAUGCAAUUUGUAUCCACAACUUGCAAAAAAGUAAUUGUUGUAUGUAUUUAGAAUUUUGUCCAUCAGUGCCAAAUGGAAAGUGCUAUUUAAAGCUGUUGUAAAUUCUGCUGACAGUGUUAGAAAACUUCAAACUGGAUUUUCUCAUUUUGAUAAUUUGACCGGUAUCACUAAAUAUUUGUGACACUGUAACUUUGUGAAUAUUUAUUGUAGAAGAUUGACAUUUGGCAUAGUUUAAUACAGAUCAUAACAUAAACUAGUGCCUGAGACUUUUUAAAUUUCAACAUUUCUCCUGAUUGAUGAAUUAUUGACAGAUUAAGUGUUAAAUUACUCAAUAAGAAACUCAAAAAGUCAAAUAUUUGCUCUAUUUUUUAAAAAGCAUUUAAUAAGAAACUCAAAAAGUCAAAUAUUUGCUCUAUUUUUUAAAAAGCAUUUUUAAAGAAAUCAAAGAGUGUCAGGCACUAGCUCAGGUUCUGAGCAUUUAAAAAAUAUAUCAGUAUGUUCUGAUCAUUAGUUCAUGAGAUAUGGUGUUUUAAUACGAUGCUACAGUAAGUAAUUAUGCGUUAAUCGAGGACUACUUUUUUUAAUUUUUAGCCUUAAUGAUUUUGUAAAAUUUUUUUCAUUGGUCAUUUUCUAUCACCUUAUUCUUUCAAAAAAUGUAUUUUCAUAUUAAUAUCAUUGAAAAUAAAAAAAUGGUUAAAAGGGGUAUGACCAUGUUGAAUGAUCUAAACUUUUACAGUAAUAGUGCAAUACAAGCUUGAUUUAUACUACCUCAUAAAGAUGUAUGUAUGUUUUAUACUGGUACUACUGCUUUUAAUAACUUUUCAGUUACAAGUUCUUGUGACAAAUGGUUAAUCCAAAAAUAAUCCAAGCUUUCACAAAUAUCUAACCAGUAUGCUUCACUGAAAGCAAUCCUUUCUAUAUAAUAUCCAUGUGCUGUAUAUACAAAAAAGUCACACCAUUUUCUCUGAGUUAUCGCCAUUUGUCCCUGUACUUGUGCAUAGUAACUAUGAUUGGUUUUCAGCUGACACUGGUUGGCUUCUUUAUCAGAAGUAAUAAAGGCCAAGUUUUCAGAACCAGGCUUUGUGUGUCUUAUAGAGUAAGGGCAUUUAAUUUCAAGUAGUCCCUCUCCACAGCAUUUGCAUUGUACCAACUGGUCAGGUGUUGCUCCCAAAUAUGAUUUAUUCAUAUCAAGAAAAAGCCCACAAUCUCUAAAUCCAAAAUCUGUGUGCUCUUUCCUCAUUUUGUUAUUGUAGAAUGCUUUUGCUUCUUCCUCCAUAUUUCUUCCAUAUUUAAGAGAUGGGAUAUCAUGACUUAGUGAUUUGUAGUUCAUUAUUGUUGAGAGUAAGCUAUGAACAUUAACCAACUCUCCGUUCAAUUGUCCUUGUUCAAUCGACUUGACUUUCGUAUGAACAGCAUAGAAUUUAGAGGCGGUUAUUCGACCUUUCCUAAACUCAAACCAAUCAGUGCUAUUUGAUUGACUUACUGUGGCUUGUUCUACUUCUGACACUUCCAUAGGACUCAGCAUUGGUAUAGAUCCUACAAAUGAUUUAAUUUUGGUAUUUACAUGGGACUCUUCAUCACUCUCAUGAAAUUUGUAUGGUUUUACCAAGUUAUCCAUUUUUAAGUGUGAUCCAGCACUUUUUUCAGGGUCAGUUGGUAAUGUAUUAUCAGUGUUGGCUUGUGGAGGGUUGUUCACUUCUUUCAUUGCAUUAGCCACUUGCAUGAAGCAGGAAUUAGGCAGAACUGAUGAGGCCCUGUUAGGGUUCUAGGAUUACGGAUUAUUUGGCAUUUUUGGGCAGGAUUACGGAUUAUUGCUGGUUAAAAAAAAGAUUAUGGAUUAUUUGGAUAGGACUUUAGGAUUAUUGAUAUGCAAAGAUCAUCCAUUUUUGCUAUUGAAAAUAAAAUAAGAGGUACAAUUUGCAGUUUGUAAGAGGUCAUAAGAUGCCAUUCAAUAUCAAUAUCUUCUUUAUACUGGGGACACCAUUAAAAGGUGCUGAAAAAUUUUAAUUAUUGACCAUUUCGCACAUUUGAGAUGGAACACACGCAAUCUUCGCGCAAACACGUACACAGGUAAAUAUCUCACAACUUGUCAACAAGAUGUGUUCGCAAAAGGCUUGUAGCAAGCUUGUCUACAAGUUGUAACAAUGCUGAUAUUUUAUCAAGUUGCUACAAGGUUGUCACUCACAACUUGUUGACAAAUUGUUGAUAUCAAGUUGUUGGAACAACUUGUAACAAGUCUGUUGAGCUCAACAACCUUGUAGCAAGUUGUCAACAAGCCGUUGACAACUUGUCAACAAGCUGGGACAGGGCCGUAGCUAGCAUGUAUAGUUGGGGGGGGGGGGUGUUGGGCAAAAAUUUCCGAAUGAUGAAAAAAAUUUCCGAAUCUUUCAUGACAUACAAAGGCACGAAGGCAGUUCCGUAGGAAGCUGUUUUUAAUCGGGGGGAGGCUGAAAACGAGGGCCAAAGGCCCAAGGAAAUUUUUAAAUUUAGAGUCUCUAAAACGGCCAUUUCCUAAUUUUCCGAAUAUGUUAAUUCUAAAAAAGUUGGGGGUUAACCACACACCCCCAAUACCCCCCUCGCUACGGUCCUGAACUGGGAACAAGCAGUGCGAACACAUCCUGUUGACAAGUUGUUGGAACAGGGUUGCUACUUAAUAAAGUCUGUGCGUUUUUUAAUACGUGUGUAUGUGACAUGCAUGAAUCACACGCAUGAAUCACUCGAGUGUCACUUGAUCUCACGUGAAAUAAUUUGACUGUUCACAUUUCUUUAAAUUAUUAAAGGGAUAUUUUUGUUUAUAGAAAUGGGAUACGGAUUAUUUUUAAAUUUUUGCUAGGAUUAUGGAUUAUUCAGACCCCCCCCCCUAACAGGGCCUCACAUAUGACUGGCAUCUCGACAGAGCCAAUUAUUCAGAACAACAAAUCCAUGGAAUGCCAACAUGGAUAAAAACAAACAAAGAGGAAUACACUAUUGAUGAGCAAUAUGAUGUUGUUGACAUAAACAGUUUUAGCGAAAUGCAAAAACUUGCUUAUGAUAUUGUUACAUCUCAUUGUGAUGAUACAUCAUCCGCGAAAGAGCCAUUAUGUCUCAUUAUAAAUGGUGUUGCAGGAACUGGUAAAAGUUACCUUAUUAAAGCUAUUAGAAAUCGUUUGCAAAGUAAAUGUGCUGUUACUGCUACCACAAGUAAAGCAGCUUAAUAUAACAUUAGAGGUGUAACUGUGCAUUCUCUAUUAAAGUUACCAAUAGGAUCAAGAGGUAACAAAGACUUAACAGGACAAAGCUUGUGUAGGUUACAAGAGAGUGGUUAAUAACAUUGGAUACAUCAUUAUUGAUGAAUACUCCAUGCUUGGCCAAGUUGCUUUUGGUUGGAUAGACAAGCGUUGCAAACAAGCAACUGGUUAUAAUGACAAAGGAUUUGGUGGAAAAUCAUUGAUUUUAACUGGUGAUCCAGGUCAAUUGCCACCAGUAGCAGAUAAGCCUCUUUACCAUGCUAGACCAUCAAAUGCUGUUGGUGAACAAGGUCAUCAAGCAUAUCAUAUGUUUGACAAAGUUGUUAAACUCACAGUAAAUCAAUGUGUGCAAGGUAUGACAUCUGAGCAAAUACAGUUCAGAGAUUUGUUAUUGCACCUUCGCAAAGGUGACUCAACAGUUGAUGACUGGAAGUUACUUCUGACCCGUCAACCAUCGAAUGUGACUUUCAAGAUUCCACUAGACUCUUUUAUAGUAAUGAGCAAGUUGCUAAUUACAACCAUGAGCAAGUGACAAAACUUGAGCAUCCAAUUGCUUGUAUUAAUGCUCGCCAUUCAUCUGCAUUGGCCAAAAAGAUAUCCUCAGAUGAAAUGUCUGGGUUAGAACCUGUUGUGUUUCUAGCAAAAGGUGCUAGGGUCAUGCUAACCAUGAAUUUGUGGUCAAGUGUUGGCCUCUGCAAUGGGGCUACUGGAACAGUUGUUGAUAUUAUCUAUCAGAACAACCAUCAACCACCUGACUUACCUAUUGCAGUGAUAGUAGAAUUUGAAAACUAUAGGGGACCUGUUUUUAAUGAAAGCCAACCUUUGUGUAUUCCAAUAUGUCCAAUCACUGUCACAUCACAGACAGAAAUAGGCUUCCAUGAGAGGCAACAGUUACCUCUUAGGCUUGCUUGGGCUGUAACAAUACACAAGGACUUACACUUCCAAAAGCAUGGAUAGAUAUUGGCAAAUCUGAAAGAACUGCUGGAGUUUCCUAUCUUGCUAUUAGCAGAGUUAAAUCACUUGCAUCUUGUGUCAUUGAACCAAUGACGUAUGAACGAUUAACAAGCUUGAAAUCAGCUAACUUACAAUAUAGGCUUGAAGAAGAAAACAGGCUAGAUCAGCUAGCACAAGCUACUAGCAGUGCAUUUACUAUUGAGUUUGAAUAAAUUAUUAAGCAAACUAUUGAGUUUGAAUAAGAGAGGGAUUUCAUAUAUGGAUCCCAGUUAUAUUUUGGUAUGUAGUUUGAAUAUAUAUAUACCAUAAUUUAAUUUAUUAUUUUAUACUAAUUUACUCCUUGUUAUCACUGUAUGUAUGAAAAAAUUAUGAUUUGCAAGAUGAAAGAAUGGUAAGUUUUUUGUUUGUUUAACCCCUCCCCUUGCCCUAGAGUGCUUUUAUUUUCAUUUGUUUAUGUCCUACCAUAAGUAAAUAUCUCAUGCUGGCAAUUAUUUUUUUUCUAUAGUUUAGCAAUUCUGAUGGAUGUGAAUGGUGCCAUGUUAACUGCUGGAUGAAACCAAAUGGUUGUUAAAGUCAAAAUAUAAUAUGGAUAUAUCACAUCUCAUGAAAAUUGAUGGGAACUUCUGGAUUAACAGAAUGAUAUGUAUUUUUAUUAAAACAAGAAUGCUGAUUUACAAGAUUGUAUGGAUAUAUUACAUCUAAUAUGCAAUUGGAUGGACUCUGCCAUGUAUUAUUUUUACCAAACUUGUUUCCAAUCUACCAUAUGGAUGUCAGGAACAUUGUAUGUCAAGAUCUCACAUACUUUUAUAUGUACAGUACAGUAACCUAACAAGUUAUUGGACAAUAAUGAUGGCUAACAAUGGACACUACCAGUCCUGGACAUGCUAAAUAAAUAUGAAACAUUUAUCUAUUGGACAAAAAACAAUAGUAGGACUUGUUCACCAAAUGGAAAAGACAGUAGACUGUCAUUACUUCGAAAGAAUAUGUGACGAAAACUUGCAACAAACUAGUCAUAUCACGUUAAAAGACAUAUCAUGUAUAUUGCUAAUUGUGUUCUUCUAGACGUUUUGACAAGUGAGGAUGGUUUAAAACAUUGGUACCAACAUUCACAUGCAUAACAUGUAACUAUGAAAAUCCAAAGAGGGCGGGUGGAGAUUCUGCAGUUAUUAACUCUUAAUAUCAUUAUAUGUAAAACCAAAAUGUAUAAAUACUUUAACUUAAAUGUCUGUUAUUAAUAUACUAUUUAUUGCAAUUUAUUGCAAAAUGGUGGGCCAUUUGACUAAUAUUUAUUGCCCAGUGGGGAAUUUGAUUAACGCUGGGGAAUUUGAUUGAAAAUUUGCUAAAAAAGUCAAAUGCCCCACAUAUGCAACCACACCCCCUCCCCCUGGGGCUUAACAUUGAUAGGAGAAUAACUGGACCUUUAGUUGGACUGUUAUUUUGAACAAAGUUCCAGAAAUAGGUGACCAGGAUUUAAAUCAAUAUCUCCAUAAUCUCCUGAGAACAUUACUGUGUAGCUUCCUUCGACAUUGUAUAUUGGCAACAUUACCUGCUAUGUUUUUGACUGUUUAAAAUAUUACACAACUAUUGUUUUACUGUAUAAAUGUUUUUGUGAACUAUAUUAAAAGUUCACAAAUGUCUUAAAAUAUCCGAUGAAUUUACAGUAAUAAUAAAUAUAAAAUUAAUAUACGCUGUAUAAUAUCCAGAUCACUGUGGUCCAGAUAUAUAGAGAGCUCACUGAAUUUGUGUUGUGCAAAGGAUCAUGGGUAAUUUUUCGAACACUCUCAUUUUUGGCCUUUUGUAUUUUCCAACGGCAACGAGAGCACACGGUGGAACCACAGAGAUAAUACUGUAUUAAGCGAAGAAAUAUAGAACAGUAAGUUAUAUUGUCUUUCAUUGUCUUCUUUUUAUAUUUUGUAAUUGCUUGCAACUGAUAUCUACAUAAAGUUGCAAUUUGACAUACUAAAAUCAUAAACUCAUUUGCAUUUUACGCAUUUAUAUAGACGCGUGCAAUGACCAAAUAUGUUUGUAUUUUUUUUUCGCUAUUUUUAUUGACAAAAUGAGUUUGUCCAUAAUAUUCGUUUCAGUUUAAUAUUUCUUAUUCCACAUCCCUUAACAUAUUGUAAACAAUAGAAUUCGUGUUUUUGUUAGAUGAGUCAAGAAAAACAGCAACAAGGCGAAGGUGAAGCCAGUAAUUCAGGUUCGUAUACUUUUUAAUGGCCAAACAUGGGCUCUUCUACUACUCAUUUUAUCUUACAUAAACAGCAUCAAAUAGCAACCAAACAGUUUGAUUGUUACAUUUUCAACAAAAUUCGAUAAAAAUAGGUACGCGACGCGUACAUGUAUCUGCGAAAAAACUUGAUUCACAUUUUGUAUUUUCUUGAAAGGAACUGAAUAAUGAAGGUGACAUGGGACAAUUGAAAUAUUUCAUCACUUAUUAUAAUAGCAGAUAAGAUUUAAAACAGGGCUGUACACAGCGGCGAGGGCAGCAGGGCAAGUGCUCCCCCCCCACCCCCGCACCGAGAAAAUUUAACCAACUUUAUAAUGUGAUUAUGAUAUUGUAACAGAUAAUUGUGCAGUCAGGAAAUAAAAAUUUCAUGCAAACAAUAUUCAAAGUGUCUAUACAGCUGGCUAUUUAGUAAACUGUCACCUAUCAAUUCAAUCCAUACUCAUCAAAUUUUCAAAACUUUAUUGUAAUCAUAUGAAGCAAAAGUUAUGUCACUUGUUGUUUACACUUGCCAAUGUUAACUGUUGAGUAACAUACACAAAAUAUUUGGUGAACAUGUCGAAGACCACUGAAUAAUUGCGAAUGUUUUGAAGGUCAUGAGUGAAGUAUAUAAUUAAAUUCCAGUUCUGUGCACGGUUAAUGAUAUACCACACUGUUCGGUUUAACACGUACAGUACAUUCACACAAAAACAAUUGUGAUGUGGGAGAUUAUCGGUUUGAGUAGAAGGUAUCACAAGUUUAGUUUUGUACAUUGUGUGCCAUUGAUCAAAUCCACCAUAUAAUAUAUGAUUAUUCAUUGUAGCUGUUAAGUUAUUUUCCAUACUAAUAAAUUUAGGUAAGAUUGUCUUGCAAGUUGGUUGUUGUGACAAAAUUAUCCAGCCAAUAUCCAGUACAUUUAUUCUUCAUUCUUGUAUUAUUAAAUCUCUAAAGAAAAAUAUUUAUGUUAGAAAGCAAAAUGACAAUGUAAUGAAGCUUGGGAGGGUGAGGAUUCUUUUAUUUGAAAGUGUUUGUAAAAAUUUUGUUUAAUUAACUCUAAUGUGUAAAACCAAAAUGUAUAAGUAUUUUAACUGAUAACAUCUUCAACCUUUGCUCUAACACUACAUUUGAUGACAGCUUUAUAGUUGGACUAUUGUUUUGAACAGAGUUUAAUACGGAGUCAAUAUACAGAAAUACAGGACCAGGAUUUAAUUCAAUAUCUCCUGAGAACUGUCCAAUAGGUUCCUUUGAUAUUGUUAAUUGGCAGUAUUGCCUGCUAUGUUUUCACUGUUUAAAAUAUUACAGAAGUCACAGAAGGAUUGUUUUACUGUAUAAAUCUUUUUGUGAACUAUGUUGACAAAUGGCUUAAAAUAUCCUCGAAAAUAUCCAAUAUUUUAUACAGUGUAUUAAAUAUAUUAAUAAAAAAAUUCCAGAGUGCAUUCCAUGUAAACUCCACGCCGAAGAUACGGCAAUAUUAACUAUAGAUAGUAUAGUAAAUAUUUGCCGAACUGGCGAACUCAUGUAUUUAUAAAAUAUGUGGGAGAUAUAUUUGCACAAAUUUGGUAUUUAAAUAUAUAAUAUGUGGUAUUUGACUACUUACCAGAUGAGGAUAAGAUUCCAUGUUGAUAAAUACUUCGGAAUAAUAUCGCAAGUAGAAUGGCGAGAAAACAAAGACAGCCAAUCCAAGAUAAAUUGAUAAAAAUAUCAAGAUAUUUUUGAAAGAAUAAAUACGAUUUAUACACGAGGCUAAAGUAUGCCCGUUCGCAGGUUAGAUGCGGGUACGAUGUAAACAAUUGAUGUAAACGAAUCGCUGAUUGGCUUAAAUUGUCUUAAAUUAUAUAAGCUCGUCGCUGAAUGGCUAUCUGUUAACACACGGUACGGUACGUUUGCGAUGGCAUAUAUAUCUGCUUCGCAGAUACAAAAAUGAGGAAAGAUUUUCGAAGGAUGGAUUAAAUACACGAUGGAUUCAAGGAUUACAAAAGUGGCGCUCAUGAUCAUGCAUGCAUACAUAUGGCGCCCUGUUUUGGGCCAUUCCAUUUAAUGUCCCCCUCCCCCCCUUGUGGACGAGAUCUCUUAUUUUAGACCCUUUCGGAAACGUUUUUGCCAAUGCGCUUGAGAAAUUCUUUAAAUUUGCCAAAAACCCUCUGAAAUUUCCAAUUUUUCACACAGAUCCCUUUCAAAAUACCUGUUGACGAGGUUCACUGGCAGGAAACCCCCAUCGGAAAAAGUAAACCCUUUCGAAAUCAUUCGGAAAUUUUUCCAGGAUUCAUACAAAACUUGAAAGUCUUGAAUGUUCUUGAAUUUGAAAACAAACAUUCAACGCCUUGAAUGUCCAGGAAUUUGUAAAGAAGUGCUUGAAAGUGUUUGAAUUAUUCUUGUUUUAGUUUUUGGAUUUUUUUCUGAAAUUAACAGUUCAACUUUGAAUGCCUUUUUAGUGUUUUAUAGUGCUUGAAUUUGCUGAUACAUGGUCUUGAUGUAUCUUGGCAAUUGUGAUUUAAUUGUCAUUUUCUAAGACCCCUUCACAAAUUACAAAUUUGACCCCCUUACAUGGGGGGGGGGGGAUAUUAAAUUUUUUUCUUGAAUAUCCCACGACUCGCCAUUAAAUACGAUAAGCACUAAGCGUAAUAGAUAUCAUUUUCAUUCUUGGAACACAACUCUGAUAAGCCUCUGCUUGCUGCAUUUGCUUGACACCUGGAAAAUCUAGCUAAGUCCAUGUUUUCCAAAACGAAAACAUGCGGCACAUGAGCAAAUCACUCUUUUUUAUCUCAAUAAACUAAUUGAGAUAUUUGUUUGAAUUUUAAAGGCAACUCCAUCCUUGAUUGCUACUUGCAUAAUGUUACUGAAAUCCGAAAAGCCACUUCAUCAAACAAGCGAUAUUUUAACUGCAUUGUGCAGUCAAAAGAAAAGUCAAUGAGGGCAGUUUGCUAUUCCCCUGAGAAGCGAAAUGAACUCAAAACUGUUGCCACAGCAAAGAGGCCCCAUCAAGAUGAAAAAUUUCAGACAACAGAAAGAUGAUGAUCUGAUCAUCACCAAAUGGACUGACAUCACACCAUUAGAUGGAGAUAAAAUAUCAUUUCCGUAUUCAGAAGAUUUGGCUGCAAGUACCACUGGGCAGCCAAUUAGCUUAUCAUCAAUCCACAACCUUGCUGGUGAACAGUUGAUCUGCAUCAAAGGUCAAGCAACUAGCAUCUAUGGAACCAAAAUCCUUACAACACAGUUUUCCGGGAGAACCGAAAAGCAGGAAGUCAUUGUAAGAGAUAACACCGCCUGGAUAAAGGUUGUCCUCUGGGGAAAACAUGUCAAUUCACUUCAAAUAAAUAAAACAUACCUCCUUAAAAAUCUGAGGGUUAAAGUAACAAAGUACGAGCGGUAUUUAAAUACUCCACGGAAUGAUGAAUUCACUGCAACCGAAUGUGAAGAGUUCACCACCCCUCUUGUACCAGUAGAAGAGGACAUAAACACAAUGUCAACCCUCUCUGGCCGCAUCCUUGGCAUUCAGACAACCACCAAAUCUUUGGUUUGUUUAGGCUGCAACAGAAAAUCUGUCCAAGUUGCUGAAAACAAAGCUGUUUGUCAUUCGUGUGGUCUUACCCAAUCAGCAAAAGCAUGUGCUACCUCCUGGUCAGUCCGAGUAGUUGUGAGACCAGACGACUCAUCAAAAAAUCUGCGCCUUGUUUUCACAAAUGAAAUGGUAGAACAAUUCAUUACAAUCACUGAAUCUACGGUGGAACUACAUAAAGUUUCCGAGGAAGAGUUAAUCUUAUCCAUUCUGGAUUCUUCCGCACAAAAGUUUAAGAUAACAUUUGUAAUAUCAAUAAUGUGGUAAGUGAUAUUUCACUUUCACAAGACUAAAACUGCAAGCCACGUAUGUUGAACUAUUUGCAUGUUAUGCCAUAUUAGUUUUGUUAACAUUUUUGUUGAUUAGCUGAUGCUACUCUAGUACUCUGCACUUAAUAUUCUUCUAUUUAAUAUGAAGCAGAAUGGACUUCAACUUAAUUUUUUAUAAACAUUUAUUUGUUCUGACAUUAAUAUGUCAACUUUGUUGACAUUGGGGAAUAUAGUACUUAGGGAUGAGAUUGCAUUUGUUUACACUUUACCUAUUCGCAAAUUGACUCUUUUCACAGUCUGUAGUAACACAUACAUAUUUGCAUUGCAUGAACAAAAUGGGAGCUGGCUUUGUCACUGGAAUUUACAUAUAUAUAACUACUUAUACGAGUUGAUGUUAAAUGUUGUUACAAUUUUAUUAUGCUGUGACUAAUUAACAAAGUUACGAAAAUUACUUCUCUGUUAGAAAGAGAAAACGUAAACUCACAACAAUCUACCUACAGUUUAUUUUCCAUCCUAUUUACUUUUGCAUCCAUUUUGAUCAAGUCUCUAUCAUAUAACUUGCAACAGAGUCACUCUGUUGCAAGUUAUAUGAAAGAGACAGUACAAUGCUGAUAUUUCUCCCCCUCCCCAACUCAAUGGAAUGUUAUUCUGGCCUAUGCGUACCUAUUGUCCACUUGUAGGAGUUCUAAUUUUCUCCGAGACAUGUCCAGUUUAUUUGCCCAAUUCAAGAAAAAUUGUUUUCUCAAGGCAGCACUUCACUUGCGAUAGUAACUUCUAGUUUAUAGGUUAUUUUUGUAGACACUACUGUGCGAAAAACAAGUCUCUUGCAUUUGAAGCGUGCUUUAUAGUUUUUUUCUGCAUGGUAUCAGCAAAAUACUAAAAACUCCAUAAUAUUUUAAACUCAGGCAGGAAUCAUUAGUGUAGCUAUACUAGAGUGCAAAAAAAUCAGCAAUGUGGCACACAGGCACAGUGCACUAAUAGCUGCAAUAUUAAUAAUAGUUUUGAAAUAUUUGCAAUGAUUUUUGAACAACUUCUGUUUGGCAUCAUGUUUAUUAGUAAAAUGCAAGAUGUAUUCAGGAUUUACCUGGUUGCAACUCUGCAUGCACUAUGGUGUUGGUUUAAAUUAAGACGUCGACUAAAACAAUAAAAACAUCCGAUGGUAAAACGAUGUAAUUUUUGCAUUGGAUUUGGGAGUUUGAAUUAAAUAAAUUAAUUUAAUAUAUCAUUACGUUUGAUUAGGCAUAUUAAAUCUGCAGAUGUGAAAUUAAGCCAGUUGCUAUAAGUUGUAUAUAGUUGCUAUAAGUUUGAGUGCGACUAAAUAAUAGGAUAUAAGAUAUACACCACUGCUGUCCAAUAUAGCAUACUAUCAUAAUUAAUUGAAGGCUGCAUGUGUUCAGGAUAUUAAAAAUUUUAAAAACACAUUGAAUGUACCAUUUAUCUGGUACCCAUUUACCCGGUACCCAUCUACCCAGUACCCAUUUAUCCAGUACCCGUCUUUUCUACCAUGCCUCCAUUACUCUAGGUAAUAAAUGAAGCUCGUCCAAAACAACAUGGUCUAAAUCAAUCUUAAUUUAUAGUGGCGCCUGCACGCAAAAGUACUUGCCUCGAGUUUCCUCUUUAUUUGCCACAUCAAUUAUUUGUUGCAGCAUGCGCCUGAGUGGGGGAGAGUUAUAACAAUUUGAAUCUUUGUCCAUUUGCCACCUGUUUUCCUUUUUUACUUUGCACCAUACACAUGCAAAACUUGAAGUUUCCAAUUUCAUUCCCAACAUUAUGAAAAGGAGUUCAAGUUCCAAGGAAGAAUUCAAGAUCAAAUUUGGAAUUAUCAAUUGUUAUUUCACUUACCUCAAUUAAAUAAUUUAUCUCCUGAAAAACUGCUUCAAACUAGUCAUUGAGAGUUUCAUAACUUUCCAAGCCCUUGACAACUGCAAAUGGAUGAUUUCCACUUGCCGCCAUUACACCAUUUUGGCCUUGAACUAAUGAAUAGGAAAGCAAGAUGAAAUUUGACUUCCUUGUCAUUUUUGCCCCAUCACCAGAAAUGUUUAUUUGUAUUUUCUCUUUACUCCAAUCCGUCUGGUCAUGUUCAUUCACAACAUCUUGAAUUUGUGAUUUCAACAAAUCCGUAAAAGAUAACUGGAUCACCUCACUGAUAUCAUUCAACUGCCCUCUCUCUGUUUAACCAGGUAAGAUUUGGAUUUAUCCAGGAGAACCAAAACUUAUUUAAUUUUUCUUUGUCAUAAUCAGUUUAAGGUGGCUCCCUAGGGUUUUAUUCCCGGGGGUUACGUUCUUCGUAUAUAUGUAAACUAAAACUCGUGUGACUUCAAAAUACGAACGAACGUUGUGUUUUAUAUGGAACUCUUUUUUGAAACAAAAGUGUGAACUUUGCUUUAGUUGAAAGCAUAAAAGAGUUCUAAAAGCUAAACGAUACUUGGAUGUGAUGUUUCAAAAGAAGAUAAUGUAAACUUGUUUUUUUCAAACGGUAUUCUGGAUGUUUUUUGAGCCGCCGUACGCAAGGUUCGAUCGUGAACAUUGGGAUAUAAAGUUUCCUCAAGAAUUUGCGGUGUUUUCUCCACAAUCUAGCAGCACUUAUGACAAUAAAGAUGACUUAAAUAAUGAGCCCUCUACGGGUGAAAUGAGCAGGGCUGAAACUCCAAACAUACCGCUAUAAAAACUGAAAUUUGAACGGGCAUUUUGCGAAAACAUCCGAAUAUAGUACUCGCACGGGACGAAUUUUGACAAACAUUUUUCAAAUUAUAAUACCAAGAAGUCAUAACCAGUAAUUACCUAAAUAUCUUUGCCAUUUUUACAUGUAUAAUCCACGCUUAGUUGACCAUUAACCGACACAGUUAUAAACAGUAUAUCAAACAUAAUUUAUAUUUUGUGAUUUCAAAAAAGUCAUGCCUUGUUGUUUUAUGCAGAAUACAUGUACACGUCAGUUGGGGUAUUUAAAAAUUGUUCGCGUAAAAAUCUAGUAAAAAUUGCCAAAAUUAAUCCCAAAUUUCUCCGUUUUCCUUCGGUAAAAUUUUUUAAAACUUUGCACAUUUUUUAAUAUCGGUACAACAAGUGCAAUAUCCUUUUUUCUUAAAAUUAAAUCGAAGGGAAAAUUUUUAAUAUUGAUUUUUGAGGUUUUUUAAAUUUUCUAAGAAACGUAUCGAUUUAAUUUUUUUAAAUUGAGGGGAAAAAUUUAUUAUACAAGUAUUAUCUUUUAUGCAAAGUUUUAAAAAAUUUCACCGAAGGAACUUUUUAAAAUGACCUGAAAAAGACAAAUUUUGAGCUUUAUUCUAAGCAUGCUGUUGCCAUGACAACAUAUUUUUAACACAAAAGUAACAAUUUGCAAUGUUCAGGAGAACAUUGUCAAUGUGUCCAAUAAAUUUCGUCUUCAUGUCAUGUAAAGUAAAGAAACAAGAGUCUCCUGAAUACUAUAGUGUAGUAAAUUAAAAAACUCUAGGGAGCCACCUUAACUGUCAAAACCCUUGCACCAUACACAUUCAAAGAUACAAGCUCUUUGGCUGUGAGAAUUCAAGCUUGCAGUUUGUAAAAAAAGACUAUUUUACAAUCAUUUGGCCAUACGAAACAAGCUAAGGGGCUUCGAAAGCAAUGCAAAAUGAAAGGUUGAACAUUGUAUAGGAAAUAUAGACAUGGGUAUUUUGUCUGACUUCUUCUCGAACGACACUAUACCAGAAAGUAUCGGCAAAUGGAGUUACUCAGGCUGGCUAAUAGCAAAUCAUGAGAUGUCAAGAGUUUGCAAGACAACAUUAUUGAGGUAUUUUAUAGAUUUGUGGAUGUGGGCAACUUGAAAAUUUCACACUCUUUCUGUAUAUACAUCGAUUUAUACUGUUAAAAAGCUCUAUAUUUCCGCCAUCUUGAAUUCGUAAAAUUUGUUAGUCUGCACAUAUUCUGACAAAGUCAACCGCCAUACUGUCCUUCAUUUCUAGUCAUGUGAAGUGUAAUAGAUAAUAAUAGUUAGUAUAAACGUACUAGUAGGCCAUCAUGUAUUGUGUGUUCUGAUUGGCUAUAUGCUACUACACCAUUUGCCCUUCAUUGAACAAAAAAAGAAUGUCAUUAAGAUAAUUUAAAAUCUUCGACAAUACAAGUCGGAAUCUCAAUAACACCAUAUGUGCAAGUCAAUAAGCCUAAAAAGAUAUUCAAUAUCAACAAUUUGCACGGUCAUGCAUUAAAACUGAAAGUCAUUAAUCAAAGAUGGAAAUUCAAUAAUGCAAAUAACACUCAAAAACACAAAAGACGUUUUCGUUCGAAAAGAAGGAACGUUCAAUUAGAGAAUAAUGUAAUUUCAACAACAACAUAGGCUUAUUGACAAGCAGUCAUAUUAACACGCAAACACAUAAUAAGCAAACUAGUGUUAUCAAUCGAAAUUGUACUCAAUAUUGUUGGUCUACGCACGUCUAUGCACACAAUUUUACUGUACACGUGUACAGUAUACAUGCGCUAAACGGAGUUUUAACCAUUAAUGGUCUCCCUAGCAAGGCAUCGUAGAAUAUAGGUCUGCAUAUGCCAAAACCAAGCUGCACAUUUUGGAUUUGUACUUUAUCCGAUAUUUCUUUCAACAGCUUGAACAAGCAACUGUUUUCUGUAUUCACCAAGGGGAAGGUGGGCAUUUCUUGCCGCAUUUCUUUCGGCAAAGUGUUCUUGCAUAGCAGGGCAUGAAAUAUCUGCCUUAAUGCUGGCCUUCAGCCUUAUAGCUUGCUCGACAAUAUUUAGGAAUGGUGAGUAUGGUGGCAAUAUAUGCAUAUAUACGUUGUCUCCAGGUUGCUCGGGUCGGCGAUGUGCUGGUGCUCCAUUGAAAAUGAGAUAUUGAGUUUCAUUUUCAUCAAGGUGGGUAGCAGUACCUGCGAGAAACUUAGCGAAGGAAUCAUUGGUCAUCCCACCCAUGUGAAUGGUGUGUGCACCAAACAAAAGACUUGAGAUAGCGCCAGGCAAAUAAUAAGGUUGCGUCCCUUUUGUCCGCACACCUGGCGAUAAGCACACUCUCCAACGCGAGCCUGUCCUUAACGCCUGGCUGUCCAGAUUCAAAUGUCCAGAUGAAAACUGGAUGAUGAAUAUUCGCCUCUUCUAAGAACCAGUUAGCAUAUUUGUGGCGUCCCUCAAUUACAUCUGGCAUGUUACGAUCAGCAUGUUUACGAGUACAGCAUUCAGUCCAAAUGUGACCAAUAGCUCCUCAGGCAUUCGACAUUGUAAUUCUGUACUUAUGGCCCGUAGUGACAAAGUGCAAUCUUCAUCUACAAUUCUUUGAGUAGCAUCUUGUCAUAUCUGCAUCAAAUCGAACAUUGAGGCGUCCUCCACAUGGGUGGUGUUCUUCGCGCAGAUAUCGAGCGAUCAUACUUGUGGUAGUUGAGCGAUUCAAUGCUGACAUACAGUAUCAACUAAAGCCAGGUAGUCUUGAUCUUGUUCUUCAAAUGCUUUAACCAACCGUUCCUUGUCUUGUGAUAUUCUCUGACGUUGCGCCAAUCUGACAGUACUUCAAUGUACAACAAACUCACAAAAAUCUCUAAAGAUGAUGUUAUACAAAACGAUUUUUAUCGAACAUUCCCAAUGCAAAUGAAGUAACCAGAAAUUUGAUUAAUUGGAUCAUUUGCAAAUUGUCCAAUGCUUUCCUAUGUGUUCAUAACAACCUUAUUGAAAUUGUCCAAUGCUUUCCUAUGUGUUCAUAACAACCUUAUUGAAAUUACAUUAUUCUCUAAUUGAACGUUCCUUCUAUUCAAACGAAGAUGUCUUUCAUGUUUUUGAAUGUUCUUUGUAUUCUUAUUGAAUUUCCAUCUUUGAUUAAUGGCUGUCAGUUUUAAUGCAUGACCGCCCAAAUUGUUGAUAUUGAAUAUCCUUUUAGGCUUAUUGACUUGCACAUAAUUGUGUUAUUGAGAUUCCGACUUGUAUUUCCAAAGAUUUUCAAUUAUCUUAAUGACAUUCUUUUUUUGUUUAAUGAAGGGCAAAUGGUGUAGUAGGCUAUUAGUGAUACUCAAUGUGAAUAGUCAAGGUGAAUAGUCAAGGUGAAUAGUCACAUUUUUUUAAAUGACUGAAUUUUUGGAGCUGUUCACAUUGUAUUAGUAAUAGUAUAAUUUCAGCCAUGAAAAACAAGAAAGUUAUUUGCUUCUGCAGGGAAAGCUGCAUAUUUUAUGAAAGCUUAUGGGAUGAAGAUUAUUAAAAAAUAGGUUUUGAAAAAAUAUGUCGGUACUUACUGUAGCCAGGGGGGGAGGAUGAAUUACAACUUUUUGAUGAAUAAUUAGCGUAAUUUUCAUCAUUGCAUUAAGGUGGCUCCCUACAGUUAUUCUUGUUUAAGCAAUAAUUCCGUAAAACAGGCUUAUUCGUGCAGAACGCAAAUUAUUUUCGACUUGGCGGCAAUAUUGGUCACCUAAGGAAUAUUUCGAACUAGAUUUCGACAACAUCAAUGUUCCCAUGGCAACAUGACGACAGCAUAAAGCCUUCCAAUUUAACCCAUAAAUGUGCCGCUAUCUCAAAAACAAUGUCGGUGACCUAUCUUUUUUAUUUCAUAUAUCAAUAGGGAAUGAUGCUCUGCAACUGUAGUGAAAGUUUAAAAAAAUUCUGUAGGGUGUGAUGUUCUUAAAAGCGAAAAUUUUAUUGUGAAAUUUCCACACUAAAGAUUUUUUAAAAAUUGAAAUUUAUAAAAUUUACCGCAAAAUAAAUUCAUGGUCAAAAUUUGAAGAUAGGUCACCAAUGAAACUAAUGAGUAAAAUGCAAAUAAAGUUAGAAAAUAGCCUCGUGUAACUUGAGAAAUUCCCUUUAUUGAAAAGCGUCACUGACUAGUAAAAGAUUGUAUGCGGGCGCAGAACGAGUUUUCAAUCAGCAAAAUCGAUUGGCAAUGUUGUUUUUACUGUUUUGUUUUUGUCAACUUUUCGAUUUAUUUGAGUGCCAUGGACAGCCAAGGAUUAUUGUGAAGCAUCAAAUCGAUGAAAACAAGGUUGAAGCUAAUUGAACCCUGCCGUUUACUCAAUCUAUGAGCUGUAACAGCCUAUUAACAGGUGGACAUGUUUUUUUUGUUUCAUGUUUGGUUUUGUAUUUUUGCUAAAAAUGAACAAUUAGGCUAUGAAACUGAAAUAUUUUUCUGUUUACAUAUAAUCACUUUAACCUUGUAGACACACAACUAAAAACGUGAACGUUUUCUUGAGAAGUAAACAACUUUUUAAAUGUUUGUAUGCAAUUUUGCAAAUGUUUUACAGUUGACAGUGUAUAAUUUUAAAAAAUUAAAAAACAUUGUUUCGUAGCUUGCCAGAGUAAUGGCAGCCAAGCAAGUAACUGUAGUAAAAUGCAUUGUGAAAUUGACAUUGGUGCUACUAAAUCCUGUAUUUUUAAAAUUCUGAUCUAUUUUUCUGUUAAACUCCCUGAAAGUGGAAAAAUACAGGAUUUAGUAGCACCGAUGUCAAUUUUUACGAUGCAUUUUACCACAGUUACUUGCUUGGCUGCCAUUACUCUGGCAAGAACAUCAAAGGAGUGAGCCAUCUAUUAGUUUCCUAAUCUAUGCUUCUGAUUUGGUGCACAUCAGUGAUGCAGAACUCAAGCUAGUUUUCAAUGUCUUACCUUUUUGCUUCGAUGUAAUACUACGUCUGCUUUGUUUACAACUUGGUCCCGGUUCAUCAUCGGCAGUGGUCGACUCUGGCCAAAGCUACAUUAGAAAGGCCAACAGACAUAAUUAUUUGUCUGAGCAAUUAGGCUUACAAAUUUGGGACAAGAAUUGGGGCAAGAUUCAGUAUGAUUUCAACCCACAAUUUCCCCUGACAAUUCAUCACCUUCAGCAUCACUGUUGACAACAUAAAUAUUCAUUUGUAUUUAUUAUAUUUAUACCCAAGAAUAACAUCAAAAUAGAAAGGAUAAUUGUGACACUUACUUUGUUCAAUUCUCAAUCAAGAAAAACCAUUGGUUCUCUCUUGUGUGCAGGGGCACUUGUCCUCAUAUUUUUGCCAAAUUCAUCUUCAAAAUCUGUAACCAAUUUGUCGUCGGUAUUGUUAAUUUCAACAGCAAAAUUGGCUAAAACAAAUGCCAAAACCCUGUUCUAUGUUGUACAAUGUUUCAGCCAUAUCACAUUUCUCAAAAUCGAAAUAUUUACUUCAAUAAAUUGCAGUUUAUUUCAUCAAAUUUCGAGCAAACUCUUGCGUGUUUGGUAUGCAAAUAAAGCAAAAUUAUCCCAGAUUGCAUUGCAAGCAUUCGCAGCCUCAUCAUCCAUCCGCAAACCUGCGAGAAAAGUCGAAAAUAGAACAGGGAGGUGUCUUGGGGUCCAAUCCGUAAUUUAAAAGUUAACAGCUCGGCCUUGUUGUCUCUCAGUGAAUAGUCAACUUGGCUGCACCUUGUUGACUAUUAGCUCAUAGACAACUCUGCUUUGUUGUCUAAUUGUUAAAUUGUAACUGUGCUAAAUAUGCCGUUUGUAGAGCUUUCAUCACAUAAAUGAUCUUGCCACCAGCCUUACGUUGACUGUUUGAUGCUACACUAAAUUUUAACACCAUAUUGAGGCUUAGUGGUGAAAACAAUACCAUGAUGUAAACCUGCAUAAGCCCUAUGAUGGUAAAUAAUAAUCUGAUUGUUUGAAAAGAAACACUAAGUUUCUCCCUAGCCUGCGAACAGGCUCUCAAGGUGAAUUGAGAGUGCAUCGAUGACUAAUGAAUUUGAAUAUCUGCGUCUCAAAUCGUGACGCGAAUUUAUCAUUGGUCAGAUGCUAUAAUUUAUAUGUUUCCGCUGAGCUCUAUAUAUGUCAACUGCUGAAGCACGAUGCAUAAAAAACACAUUAACUGAUCAAAUUGGUCUUGGCCAUCUUAUCUCAAAGCACAAAAUAUUCUGUUUUGAGAAAACAGUAUUUAAAACAUUUCAACUUUUGCCUGAAUAUCUUAUAUUUCGAAAAACAAUAUAAACUAUACGGUCUAAAUUUAGUUUGCACGGUCUAAAUUUAGUUUACACGAAAGUUGUAAACAACUCCAUAUAAGGAUAGACAUUCCAUAUUUGGGAAAAUGAAUGUUACGGGGGCAGAUAUUCAAAAUUGUAUAUCAACAGUGCAGGCUCUCAAUUCACUUUGAGAGCCUGUUUGCAGGCUAGUUUCUCCCUUUUUCAAUUUUGGCGAUAUCAUGGAUCCUGUAUUUUCUGUUGCACAAAGCUCUAAUCUAGACAUUUAGAGAACCAAGAAAUCAGGAUUCUAAUUUUGGUUUUCACACAUUUUAGGAAUUGAGAAAAAUAAUGAUGACUGCAGAAGAUUCACCUUUUUAAAUCCAACAAGUGGGAUGCUGCAAAAGAUGUACAGUUUGCAAGCAAAUGCCUUGAAAACUUAGAGCAAUGUAGGAGAAAAACAAUGGCAUAUACCAAGCAAAAUGCUGAUUACAGGUCAUCAACAAUAAAAGCAAGCCGGCAAGCAAAACGUGAAGCUCUGAAAACACCUGACAUUGGUGUUACUCAGGAUAGGAGUUGUAUGUUGUAAAAAAUAUGAGCCCCCCACCCCCGAGAUUCAAGACAAGCUCAAAGAACUGGGAUUCCCAACUAGAGCACAAAAUGUCAAGCAGGUCCAAGAGCUUUACCAAAUGGUUAUUCAAUCAGCUUUCUUUGUCUGGCUGAUAUAGAAACAACUUGUUUAUGCUGUUCAUCCCCGAGCCGACGGCGCGAAGCGCCGUGCGAGGGUACUAAUCCCCCCCGGCUAUUUAUACCUGGGGAAACAAAAGCAUUAGCGAAGUCUAAAGUUCAUCAAAUAUCGCGGGCGUUGGUCACUGUGCGUGGGUGGUCAUCCUCACUGAUCUCAAAAAUAUGGCGGACUGUCAUGAAUCGCGAACACUGUGAUUGGUCCAAUUUAAAGUUUGCAUUAUAACGACUGCAUGACGACAGCGAAAUAGCAAACAUUUCUUCAUUUCUUGAUUUGAUAAUUGAUAAAUUUCUUGCAAAUAUAUUUCAUUUUUGCUCGCAUUUUUGCAAGAUUUUGUAAAUUUCAAGAAAGAAAGGGCGAAAGAAUCGGCUAAAAGAAGGGAGCCGACGUUAAUGAAGGUAAGUUUGUUUUAAAUAUUGAUUUUAUAAUUGCUUUAAAACCCGAUGGCCUUUGCGUAUAUGAAACAACUAAAAACAGCAUAUAAUUUCAGUGUAUCUUUAAUAUUGAUUAUUGAUUCCCUUUUUUAUUAUAUUGAAUUUUUUAAAUAAAAAAGAAAGCAAAGUUAUUUGCAUGCCGCAAGAAUUUGAAAUCAUUUUAUUGCAAACUCAAAGUUUAUCGAUAAAGCCAUUUAAUUAAAGGCAGUUUAGUUUUAUAAAGAACACUUUAAAACGUUUUGCGAAGCGUUUUUGGUUGAAUUUUACCUUAAAUUGAAGCUUAUAUUACGUAUAAUAUCAUACCUAACAUAUAUAUGUUGGGAAAUUGAUAAUUUUGUAAUUAAAAGUGAUAUUUUUAAGCGAUUUUUCAUUUGUAAGAAUAUUCUUAAAAAAUUAUCGUGUUACCGUGACAACUACUUUAGAUACUUCAUGUUCGGAAAAUACAAUGGUUUUGUCAGCAAGGCGAGGGUUUCUGCAUGCAUGUAUUUUCUAGUAAUAUAUUAAAUAAACUAUUCACAUUACAAGGCCUCUUCAAAAUGAAUAGUUUUAAUUUUUCUAUAGGCAAUCUUGGUGCCUUACAAAGAUUGCCAUUCCCUAACAUGAAGUUCAAUGGAGACCAAGAUAGAAUAGUUUUAUAGGGAAAUCUAUGGCAUUUCCCAUGCCCGAUUCAUUAACAUAAUACCACCAGUUAGUGGGCAGGAACUUUAACCUUGAAAGAUCAUCCCUUUCUAACAUAAGAGGUGCCCCACAGUGAUUGGACUCUGUUUCUCCCACACUUAACAUAUCUUCAAACAUCCAGUCACAUGAAUAUGUAUAUCAGAGAAAAUAAAGCACUCUUUAUGCAGGAAAUAACUCCCACUGAUAUGUUUUGGCUUGCCUCCAGCAAAGCAUCAUCCGAUUGUGUCAGUGGUAUUACUUGAAUAGCUCCUAAAUAAUUUAUUGAAGUAUUUAUUGUGUUUGCAAUAUUAAAACAUGACAAAACAAGUUCAGUGCUUGAAAUAACAGCCGAUCAAUGAUCGGAAAGAAAUUGCUUAUGAUCGGUGGAAAAGCAGGGUUUCCAAUCUGAAAAAGCAGGGGAAGUCAUGACUGUCGAUCACCAUGAUCGGGAACUUUGGAAACGUUAUUUCAAGCCCUGCAAGUUUUUAGUAAACAUAUCUGAGUAAUAGUGAAUUAAGAUUUUCACUUGGUUCACACAAGCUGCUCUCAAUUGGCCAAUCCUUCCAUUGUAUGAGAUAUCUUCAUUCUAUAGUAGGUUUAAAGGCUAAUUUAUACAGGUAUAUUUAUGGUUUAAAUGUUCGAAGGUUAAAAUCGUUUAUAUAAAGUGAAGCAAGUAUAGUAUGAACCUUUCCUUUAUUUCUCCUUUGUAUAAUCCUUUCCACUUUGUACAACCUCCCAGUCUUUCUCUUCUUUGUUUCAUUGUACAAAAACGAGACGACAACAUAUGUAAUUGCUGCUAGUCAAUAGACUCCCUCAUUUGAUUAUUGAAUGUUGCAUCUUAUUAUACACUGAAGGACUUGCUGCAUUACGUGCCAACUCAAAUGUCUUAAAUUUCUGGCGAUGAUAGAUGCUACGAUAUCUAAUACUAAAUUAUGCUACUUUUGCAGAUAUCCUAAUGUCAUCGUCAACACAGUUCGAUAAUGAUAAAGAUAAUGAAUUACAUUUAUAUAGCACAUUUUUCAUAUGGAUAUGUUCAAGUGUGCUUCUUACAACAGUAGAUAUAUACAAAUUAUAAAUGUUAGAUAAAAUAGAUUACAAUAAUGGUAGGAUUAUAUAAAAAUAUAUUACAGCAAUUUAUCCCGAGCCGACGGCGCGAAGCGCCGUGCGAGGGUACUAAUUCCCCCCUGCUAUUGACACCCGGGGAAACGAAAACAUUAGCGAAGUCUAAAGUUCAUCAAAUAUUGUGGGCGUGGGUCACCAACCGUGGGUGGUCAUCCUCACUGAUCUCAAAAAUUGGCGGACUGUCAUGAAUAGCAAAGACAGUGAUUUGUCCAAUUUAAAAUUUGCAUUAUAACGACUGCAUGACGACAGCAAAAUAGCAAACAUUUCUUUAUUUGAUGAUUGAUAAAUUUCUUGCAAAUAUAUUUCAUUUUUGCUCGCAUUUUUGCAAGAUUUUGUAAAUUUCAAGUAAGAAAUGGUGAAAGAAUCUGCUAAAAGAAGGGAGCCGACGUUAACGAAGGUAAGUUUGUUUUAAAUUUAAAUUUUAUAAUUGCUUUAAAAUCCGACGGCCUUUGCGUAUAUGAAACAACUAAACAAGACAGCAUAUCGGGCCCCAUUUCAGUGUAUCUUUAAUAUUGAUUCCCUUUUUCAUUAUAUUGAUUUUUUUUAAAUAAAAAAGAAAGCAAAAUUAUUUGCUUGCAAGAAUUUGAAAUCAUUUUAUUGCAAACUCAAAGUUUAUCGAUAAAGCCAUUUAAUUAAAGAAUAAAGGCAGUUUAGUUUUAUAAAGAACACUUUAAGACUUUAAAACGUUUUGCGAAGCGUUUGUGGUUGAAUUUUACCUUAAAUUGAAGCUUAUAUUACAUAUAAUAUCAUACCCAACAUAUAUAUGUUGGGAAAUUGAUAAUUUUGUGAUUAAAAGUGAUAUUUUUAAGCGAUUUUUCAUUUGUAGAAUAUUCUUAAGAAAUGAUCGUGUUACCAUGACAACUACUUUAGAUACUUCAUGUUCGGAAAAUACAAUGGUUUUGUCAGCAAGGAGAGGGUUUCUGCAUGCAUGUAUUUUCUAGAAGUAAAAAUGGAACAUGCAAACGUAGCUGUUGAGGAUGCAAUCCUGAUGGCUUUGGGAAGAGUGUUCCGUAAAGUUGGGGCAGUGAGAGAAAAUUAGGUUGAUCUAAGGUUGUAGCUGGUGGGUUUUUUAAUUGAGAAGCUCUUUAAUACACAUUGGAGCUUGAUUGUUUAAGGCCUUGUAUGUGAUAAGGAGGAAUUUAAAGUUGAUGCGAGACUUGAUCAAAUCAAAUCAAUUUAUUCACUACAUUACACACACAUACAAGUAUUUCAUAAUUAGGAAUAAUAGUAAGUAGCAAGGUAGCCCAAAAAAAACCCAAAAGGCUUUUUUGUUUGGGCUCCUUUUUUAUAGAUAUAUCUGAUAGACAAGGAGGCAGUGUCUCACAGUAGUAAAUAUAUAACAAAAUUGGGUUACAAUAUAGUAUAAUAUAAAUAAUACUCUUCGUAAUAAUAUAGUUCAUAAAAAUAUAGUGUAUACUGUAUAUAUAAUACUGUUUGUGAGUGAUUACAAAGAAAACAUAGUAAACAAGACUAAUUACAGGUUACAUAUCUGGCAGCGAAAAAAGAAUAUAUAAAACUAAUCGUGGAUAAUUAAAUGGAAAACAGGUAUUUUCUAAAUUUAUUUUGAAACAAAGUGACAGUUGACACUUGAGGAAUAUCUUGGCUUUUAGAGUAUUAAAAAAAAUUGGAGCCUGGUAAAUAACUUAGAAUUUUCUAAUAUUAGUCCUACAGAAGGGAAGCAGGUACAAGCUAGCAUUAUGUGUAUGAUAAUUAUGAACUUGACCGAACAGAGUAAAGAAACCGUCAAAAACUUUUGGAAGUAAAUUAUUUUGAUACAAGCACAUGAAUUUACCAAGGUGAUAUUUGUAAAUUUUCUCCACUGUCAAAAUCUUUAAAUCAUUAAAGAUUGACUCAGUAUGAGCAUCAAAUUUGUCUUUAUUGACAACUCUUAUAACACGCUUUUGAAGCAAUACAAUACAAUUUAAAUUGGUUUGAUAUGUUGAACCCCAAACAAUUAUACAAUAUUGAAUGUAAGGAUAUACAAGAGAAUAGUACAGUUUAUAUAAGGACGUUUUUGAGAGACAAAAACUUGCCUUAUAUAUAAUACCUAUUGAUUUAGAUAUUUUCCUGGCUACAUGUGAGAUGUGAGGCUUCCAAGAUAUAUGCUCAUCAAGGAUAACGCCUAAGAAUAUAACCUCUUUAACCAUAGCAAUUUUGUCACCAUUUAAUGAUAUAGGUAACUCAAUGUUUAAUUUUUUUGUCUGGGUUUAAAUAGCAUAUAAUUAGAUUUCUUUAUAUGUAUUGAUAAUUUAUUUGCCCUAAACCACUCAGAUAACUUAUCAAUUUCACGAUUAAUUACAUUAGCUAAGGAAGAUUGUUUUUUAUGGGAAUAAAAUAGAUUCGUGUCAUCAGCAAACAGAAUAAAUUCAAGUACAUUUGUAACAUCACAUAGAUCAUUGAUAUAUAAUAAAAAAAGAAGUGGACCAAGGAUAGAACCUUGCAGUACUUGCGGUAAAUAAGGUUGAUAAUGUGUCAUACUGAACAAAUUGCAAUCGAUUAUGAAAAUAGUCUUUCAUCCAAUCAAGAGCCACUCCUCUGAUACCAUAGUGUUCAAGUUUAUCAAACAAAAUGUUAUGAUUCACGGUGUCAAAUGUACCAUUUUUUCCAAUAAUUUGGAAAAAAUAGGUAAAACUGAAAUAGGUCUAUAGUUUUGGAAAUGUCUAUGAUCACCAGAUUUAAAUAACGGUAUGACACAAGCAAUUUUCAUCUUAUCCGGGACAACGCCAGUUGAAAUAGAAAGAUUGAUUAUAUGAGUUAAAGGUUCAGAAAUAAAGUCAAUAGAAUCUUUAACAGCAAACAUUGGGAUCUUGUCAUAGCCUGCCGCUGUGCCUAGAACAAUUCAAUACUGUGCUAAUAAACCAGCAUCAUUUGAAUAAUGAAAAUAAUUUAAAAUUUGCAUAGAAUGACCUGUUGCUAUGGCUGGCUUGACCACAGACAGACAGUAUAAUAAUUAUACAUACAAAAGCGAGAAAGUUACAAGGCUAGAAGGUAUUCAUAUAAAACCACCCAUGCCAAGAAAGUAGAAGUAAAAUAUUUAGCUGCCCUUUAACUUUGUGUAAGGUGUUCAAUAUUCAAAUUGAACUUUUCCUACCUGCUGAACAGGUGUCUUAUGGUCCUAUUUACAUGUUCGCAGGCUAGGUGAUUUUAAUGUUGGUUAACUCAUUUAUCCACAUUGCGCCCUGAUGUGCCCUACUUUAUUAUUUUACUCUGUCUAAUGCUAGAAAAUUUCACUCAUCAAGGUGCAGGUAACAAAAUCCCAAAUAAUAUAUUUUUCAAAAUGUUAAAAUUUUUCAAAAAAGAUGUAUUAUUACUACUUAAAACAUAAUAAAACUAAGAUCAGUGUUAAAAUAUAUUUUUCACACAUAAAUUACGGUUAUUUUGCACAUGAAGAGACCUAAUUAUCAGGUUGUUUAUCCUCCUUAGCAAUGGAUUCAGACCUUAGUUACCAGGGUUUAGUUCAGUGGGAACGAAAAGAAUGCUUGCCAAAAUGAUUUUGUAGCAUCUGUAGCAUUGUUGAAAACCACCCAAUCACAUACCUUCUGUUGCAUAGCAACAAGGCAGCCUUUCUAAAUCAGAGUAUAGUUGUUGAAUUUGUUGCCUGAUUUCAUCCAUUAAAAUCUCUCUUAAUUUUUGGCCAUCUGCCUUUGAAUUUGUGUGAAAAGAUAAGAGGAACAUUUUUUGUGAUAAAUGUAAUAAUGGGUAACAAGAAACUGUCUGGGAGGAAGAAAAAACAAAAGUUUAGUGGCAUAGUGGCAAAGCAAAAAAUUCAAGAUGGGCGGCAAGGACUUGGUAGACAGGCCAGUCAAGUAUAGCUCUGAUUUGAACACUUCUGCAUCGAAACGGAAGCUUUCUUAUGUUGUCCCAGAUGUUGAAAAGGAUUCAGAGGGUUAUAUAUUAAUGGAUGUGUCAAUUCUCUGCAAAUAGUUGUCCAGAACUGCUGUUUGUAACGAAUGUGAAACCCCCCCCUUACCAAACUGACAGAUAUGUGACAGAUAUAUGUCACAGUUCUGUAAAAUAUCUGCGAAAUAUAUGUACGUAAGUAUCUGUCACAUAUCUGCAACAUAUGGGAAUUUGGCCCCGUAACAUAUCUGUCACAGUUAUGUGACAGAUAUCUGUCACAGUUAUAUGACAGAUAUCUGUCACAUAUCUGCAACAUAUAGGAAUUUGGCCCAAUAACCUAUCUGUCACAGUUAUGUGACAGUAUAGUUUCCCUAGAGAUAAAAUUAUCUGUAUAUUAUCUAUGAAACAGAUAUGUAACAUAACUGCCAUCAAGUGAGAUUUAUGUCUUGCAUAAAACUAUUUCCUCUUACUUCUGCAACAUCACGUUGCUGCAACUGUACCUCUGUCAUGUUCACUUGAAGCCAUAAAUAAUUUAAUAUGAAGAAAUAUUAGAUCAGAAUAGUAAAUGUAUUUAUUAGUAAAUAUAUUUAUUAUAGGUUACACAUAUAGAUAAAUUUAAGACUGUACAAUCAAUUUUUCUCCAGGGGCCAGUUGUUCAAGGGUGGAUUAGCUUUAACCCUAAGUAAAAUUUGUCUGGAUCGAUAGGAGUUUUUCUCUCUGAAGUUUUGAAAUAAACAGGCGUUUAGAAAUACACAAACUAAAACAGCAGGCUAAAUUUUAACCCAGGGUUAGCGCUAGUCCAGAAUUGAACAACCGGCUCCUGGGGCAGAGUAAUUACACUUACUAUAACCUACACUUAUUUAAAAUUUCCUAAUAUUAUAUUUAUAUACAUGGCCAGAAAUAAAUAAUGAGUACCUAAAAGUCAUUAAUUGUUAAUGUCAAGUCUCACUCAGCUGGUUUGCUUUUAGUUCAAGCCCCACAGCAUUUGUCCUGUACCAUGUACUGCAUAGCAUAUCAUCCAGAACAAAAGCUGAAAAAAUAGGAAUUGAUAAAAUCAGAUUCAUUUAAUAUGUUUUAGAUUUAAUUGGCAUUGAGACAUCAAGAAUAAUCUAGAUAGUGUUAGGCCAAAUAGGGGAUGCCCUUAGGGUAGCCAUGCCUAUAUAGUGGGUUACCAGGUAUAUCUUGGCUUAAUUAAUGAUCUACUAGGUUACAUUUGAUUUGAUACUAUCCCAGUUUGUGGCGUUAGUUUUGUACUAGCUAUAUAAUACUUUUGUUUGUGGAAACACCAAGUAACUACAUAUGGUGUUUCCACAAACAAAAGUAUUAUGUGUUUUGUCACCAUGGAAAUCUACAAAGAAAGUAUGACCUGUUUGUUUCAAAAUCAAAGUUGAUGUAAUAUUUAAUGAAUGUUUGUGUCAUCUGUGCUGCCGUCAUUGAUGUAGAAUAUCAUUCUGAAUCUCAUGCAUGAACAUUUAUAAUAAAAAUUUACAAGAAAAAAAGAAAACCCUACCCUGCCUAAAUUUUUUGGGUCCAGCCACAGCCCUCCCCCCUGCAUUAUUGUAGGCCUACGGACCAGACUGGAAAGUUUGUACUGCGCAACCGAGAUCUCGGUUGCACAAUUUUUUUCAAAAUGCGCGUCCAGACGCGCAAAUUUCAAAAAUCUGUUGUCAAACGCGCAAUUUCAAAAUGAGGCGCAGGUGAAAUUGAAAAUGCACAAUUUUUCAAGCGCGUGCGCGCAUGAAAUUAAAAUUGUGCUAUUUUUCAAGCGUGCACUGCAUGAGACAAAUUAGCGCGCACGAGAAAUGUCGCGAGACACAGGAAAUCCGCAAUUUUAUGCGCGUCUCAAAUUUACACAUGCCAGCGGCACCGCAAAUUUUAGUUGUUAUAUGUGAUCAAUGUGGCAUUGGUAUGGUGAAAGUUCAUUUGCGACGAGGCACAAUAAUAACCAAUAAACAUCAGCCAUUCCGAAAUUUGAUCUAAUUGUAUUUCGGCGGUCUUUUGGUUUUGGCUUUUCAAGGCGAACAUCGACCAUUGAGGGAAGGCCUGUGCUGUUGUUUCACGGCGAUCAUUCAUCAAGAGACUAUUGAAUAAUUUCUGCGAGGUAAAUGUAGUGUUGUAACUGAAUUGUUCCAUGUUUUUGUGUCGCACUUUAUGGAAAUGUCAAAUUUGUAUUCUGUAUUAUCAGAAACUGAAUUGUCUACAAAUAUACAAUAACACAUUACACAUAUAUAAUACACUGACGCGUGUUGUUCAGGAUGGAAUGAUUCGAAUUUCGAAUCAUUUAUAAAUUAUAAAUAAAAUCAUGACAGCAGUCAGCGUCUCAGUGUGCCAACUUGCCAACUUCGGUAAAUAACUGAAUUUGAGAGGGCCGAACUCAUCCAUCUAUACCAUCUGCUAACAUACUUGAUACUUCAUGACGUAUGAUACAGAUAUAUCAUACAGCCCGAAUAUUCAAUCGGACAAUCGCAGCCAAUCAGUUCGGAUAAAUUGAAAUAUGCGACCCCCCAUAAGUUACUUCUCCAAAGAACUGCUUUGUUCUUUAGAUUGAUGUCCAAUAUCCGCGAUCGGAGUCCGAUUAAUCCGAUGGACAAACAUGUCUACCGUCGGAGAAUAGUUUGUCCGAUGGACAAAUAUACGUAGGCAAAUAUAUAGCAUAACGUGAUAUUAAUUUAUAAUAUAAGGACUAUUACAACAGUCAGGCAUGACAUAUAGGUCGGACCGUUAUAUUUUCGAAAUGUUUUUUGUGUGCAUGUUGGAAGGACAUGCACAAAACUUUUACCGAUGAUGAAAUGACGUCAUUUGAAUGCCAGGGUUGCAAAGUAAAGAGUCUGGGCAGGAGGCUAUGCCGCAAUGUAAGUGGCAAAUGUCAAAUGGUCCGAUCGAUCGAUCGGAUCCAUCGGACAAGCACGUUUACGGUCGGACAAAAAUUUUACCGAUGGUGAAAUGAUGUCAUUUGAACGCCAGGGUUGCAAGGAAAGAGCCUGAGCAGGAGGCUAUGCCACGAUCGAUCGGAUCCAUUGGACAAGCUGUUUACGGUCGGACAAAGAUUUUACCGAUGGUGAAAUGACGUUAUUUUCAAAGCUUGGUUGCCGAAAGUAAAGAGCCUGGGCAGGAGACUAUGCCACAAUGGACCAUUUGCAUUAUAGACUAAAUUUUGAUCUAGACAAAAAUUUUAUCGCAGCUUGAAAGAGCAUCACGAAAUUAGUAAUAUUCCAAAGUUUCGUUGCGAAUUGUUGUAAAAUUCGGAUAAUAUAGCCUUGCGAAAUUUGCCGUUUUUCAGUCAUUUUGUAUUACGCACCGGAAAUUGACAGCCCAAUCGGGUGUUGGGGCAUCAAUUUCCCGUUUGUAAUCUAAAAUGACUGAAAAUUUCAAAUUUCGCAAGGCUAUACUAUCCGCAUUUUACAACAUUUCGGAACGAAACUUUGGGAUAUUACUAAUUUUGUGAUGCUCUUUCAAGCUGUGAUAAAAUUUUUGUCUAGAUCAAAAUUUAGUCUAUAAUGCAAAUGGUCCAUUGAACUGGCAAAUGUCAGAUGGUCCGAUCGAUCGGACAAGCGUGUUUACGAUCGGACACAGAGGAUCGGACAAAAAUUUUAACGAUGGUGAAAUUACGUCAUUUGAAUGCUAGGGUUGCAAACUAAAGUCUAAAGAGCCUGGGCACGAGGCUAUGCCAAAUGUAAGUGGCAAAUGUCAGAUGGUCCGAUCAAUGUAUUUACAAAUGCUAAACAUUGUGUCUUGAAUACAUUAGAUUUUAAACCCGUGCCUCAUUGGAUUAUUUGGAUAGCAUAUCCCAGACCCUAUAGAUUUGAGUUGCUGGAAGGUUAGACCAACCGACGAAACAAGUUAGUGACAACCGACGAAACAAGUUAGUGACCGAGUUGUGGUAUUCACAUAAACAUCCAAGGAAGUACUUAACUGAAGAUUCUAUAAGAAUAUAUCUACAGUAUAAUGUAACACUGUGCGUCUAAAAAUCUGUUCACAAAAUGCACGAAAUGCAGUCCUAGGGGUGGAAAAACACAAAAAUUUUCUGGGGGAAAAUCCCCCAGACCCCCCUUACUAUAACGUACAAAUGGUACAAUAGUGUGGUCCCUCUUUGUAGAUUGCCCUCUUCCCACGGACAAAUUCUUAAAAAAGGCUCUGGCAAGCAACGAAUGUUGGUGAGCGUUCCGUAUAGUGGUGCAUGUGAAUGUGAUGUCAGAUGUGAUCAUUCUUAAAAAACUUAAAUUUCGUAAGCAAAUAAACUAUCAUAGAACAUGAACGGCUGUAUAAUAAACAAUUUUAGUUUGUCAUGUUUGGUGAAAACUAAAAACUAUGAAUUAUAUUUAAAACUGCACGCGCUAAUUCAGAUACCAAACGCGCAGAUUCGAAAACUAUACGCGCAAAAAUCCGGAAAAUUUUGAUCUCGGUUGCGCAAUUUGCAAACUUUCCAGUCUCGCCUACGGACAACUCUACAUGCAUGUACCAUACUGUAAUGACUCAUUUAUGACAGAAAAUUGACUAUUGCACACUGACCCUUUAUACUUCUGACAUAAAUACACAUUCUGGAUUAUUAAAGCACUAAACUACUAAAGCCCUACACUCAAUUUUUAAGCCCUAUGCUCAAUUUUUGGUACGGCACAGAUAAAACUGGUACCUGUACCGAAUUAAUCUGUGCUCGGCCAGUAUGAAUAGGUAGUCCAAGCAUGGUAAACAUGUUACGGGUACCAAAAUUGAGCACAGUGUCAGUGUUAACAGGCCUUAAAAUGGCUGCAUUUGGAGGUAAACUUUGGAUUCAUGUGCAAUUAUGUUGUUACUAGUUACUAAAUUUUUGUAGGGGCUGUUUAUAAGACCGAGACUGAUUUGUCUGGCCUAGGUGGCCACCUUUGGCCCGCAGUUUGUGAUUUUUUCAUAGAAAGCACUAAAAGCUGACUAUUUAUUCUUGUUAAUUCUUACCUUACAACACCAGUUUGUCAACUCAAUCCAGAUCUGAUUGUUGAGACUUGAGAACAAUAUUUGGAGCACACUGGGCUAUAAUCCAGUUCCAAUAUUAAUCUGAAAAUAUAUAAAGAGAACAUUUGAGGCAUUGUCUCAGCGCUCAUACAUCUUCCAGCAUUUACAAACAAAUCAUUUUAUACAACUGAAGCUCGUUAAUAAAGAGCUUGCAAGACUCUCCUCUUGACGAGUAAAAUUGUCUUAAGCAACACAGUUGCAGCUUAAUGGGUUAAGGAUCAAUACACUGAUAUAUCACAUUCAAUGCUGUAAUUCUUCUGCAAUUACAAUCCUUAUUAUAUACAUGACAAAAUUACUGCAAUCUGAUUGGUUAAGAGGAGUGCAAUUAUUUCGUUAACUGCACUCUCCAGGAGUGCAAUUAAUGAUUUUCGUGAUGGCUGGGGGGAGCGGGAAAUCAAAACAACAAAAUCCAAUAUGGCGGUGAAAUUUAGAUAAGUAUUUCUAACAAAUGUGGACGAAUUUAACUGGAUUUUGGCACAAGAGUUAGUUUAAGAAACAUUGUAUGGCAAAAAGAGCCUGUUGAAAAUACCUGGAAACAGUCUUAAGAAAUAAUCUUGGCGGGAUGCAGCGAAACGUGACUAUGUAAGUUUGAAAUACAAUUUAUAAAGAUUUCCUUAGUCUAAAAUAUGUUAUUUGAGUUUGAAUCUUGUGUUCUAGUUUAAGUUAUGUGCCUUUAUGAGUUUAUAAUCAUUUCCCAAGUUUGUUUAUACCAAAUUCCUUACAAAAGAAUUAAAAACUCUUGACAAAAUGCAGUUGUAGUGAUAUUUGAAAAAUGUGCCAAAUUGCACUCGCCUCGGCGGCUCGUGCAAUUUUGGCACAUUUUUCAAAUAUCACUCGUAGUGUUAAUCAUUAAUUGCACUCCUUCCCGUGUGAUUACCUAUACUUAUUCAUGUAUUAAAAUGCUAACAUAUCUUUAACAGCAUUCAAAUGGUUAAUAUAUUAUUUCAUAUUGUUAAAAGCACAAGUAUGUUUAAUAUAUUAUUUCAUAUCGUUUUAUUAUUAAGUUAGGCCCGUUUCAUACGCCGUACUUCACAUGUGCCGAAUUCAAUUCAAGAAUUAGAUACGGCAAAAGCACGGCGUAUGAAUCAAAUUAAGUUCGGCAAAAAAAUUAAAUUCGACAUGUCUUGCUGCAUUAUGCGACUUUGGUGCGGCAACUGAUUCAGACAGCGAACUUUACAUGUGCCGAAUUAAAUGCAUAAAUAAUAACAUAAUUAAAAUGGUUAAUUUUUCCCAUAACACACUACGGUGUUAAAAAAUGGCGGACAAAGUGAAGGCAUGCUCUGUAUGUUUUUGUGACACAAAAUAUGCUUGUAUUAAAUGUAAAAAACCAAUUUGUAACGUUUGUGGUUCUCCUGAAGUCGACGAAGAUACGGAUGGAUGGACUUAUGGAAAACAAGUAUCUUAUUGCUACUCGUGCAAGCGAAAAAUCAAUCUUGUUUCAAAACGAAAGUCAAGUGAUGAACAAAGGGAAAAACAAACUUGUGUCACGGAUGCUCGCGCCAAAAUAGCGGCAAGUGGGGCAAGUGAUACUUCCUUCUCUACGUCAAAUACCAGGUAUAAUAUCCAUUUAUUGGUUCAUUUAUUUAUGCACCUAUCAAUCACCAUUUAUUUAUGCACCUAAUCCCCAGUGUCGGAAUGCAAUUGAUGAUCAAAUACCCCACAUAUGCCCAACCCCCUCCUCCCCCCCUCUGGGGGUUAACAUUGAUAGGUGCAUUACCCAUUGUGACAUUGGCAUUUGUACUAAUUAACAUUGAUAGGUGCAUAACUACUAAAUACGCUAGUUUCAUAUAGAAUAAUAUGAAACUAGUUUUUCAUAUCUCUGAGGAUGAUUCUGAAAUGAAACUAAAUACACUUAUAUAAUUUUUUAUUAAUUAUUGGCAAUGAUUCUACAAUUCACUUGUAAGAGGCCACAUUCAUAUUCAAGAUUUCAAGUUGUCAUGCAAAACGUGAAGUUCCAAAGUUUAUUUUAUUAAACUUGACCCACUGAGUGGCAGCACUCUCCCCCUGACAAGUAAAAUUAUCUGGUGUUAGACAGAGUAAAAGAAUCUGGCGUUAGACAGAUUAAAAUAAUAAAGUUUGGCACAUCUUUGCGCAUUGCCACUUAAAGGGUUAACAGGGUGCAUGGGCAGACAGUCUGAUUAACCCAUUAAGUCGCAGCACUCUUUCCCUGACGAGUAAAAUAAUCUGGCAUUAGACAGAGUAAAAUAAUAAAGUAUGGCACAUUUGAUACUAGAAGGGUUAAACGUAUGUGGUGUUCCAUUUAUCUUGUUUUGGUUUUAAAGUUCACGCCAAUAACCGGUGAAUUAUUCAUACUUUGACGCUUAUAUACAGUACUAUAUAACAAAACACUUAUUUACCGAGACUUUGAGAAAGCUGUGUGUUUUGUACCCCUCAACCGCCAUUAUAUUUGACAACAAUGGCGGUCUUAGGUCCACAAAACACACUGUUUCCUUCGGUCUCAGUAAAUACAGUGAGUGAUAAAUAUUUGUGCAUUAACGAGUGUUAAAAUGUAACUAUAUUCCCAUUCCCCUAUGUGCCAUGAUAGGCUGAUGGCCUCCUGACCCUCUCUCCUCCACAGUGUUUUCCUAACUUUUUAACAAGGUGAAGCUUCGAUAUGAUGAUACAUAAACAAGGGAUAGAGGCACUAGACUGUAAUAAGCGAAACUGAGUUACAGUCUAGUGCCUCUACUUCUCCCUUCGGCUAAUCGCCUUGUUUAUGUCUUAUAAUAUUGAAGCAAUGCAAUUUGCAUUGUUAAAAAGCCAGGAAAUCUUUGCAGAGGAGAGAGCUCCUGACCCCUUUCACCAUUUUACUUUAUGCAAACCUAUAGACCGCUUGUUGUCAAAGGGCAUUAAAAGUUACACAUAGUGAAUAAUUAUACCUCCUAUGUUUUGUGCACUAGUCUUGUAUAAAACCUGCCAUAUGAAACUUGCUCCUCUGUAAUAAUAGCCUUUAUAGUGUGUUGGGAGGCAAAAUAACUUAUUGAAACAACACUUAUUUUUCAGCAGACCAAUUAGUGCUGAGAAGUUACAAAUACUUUUAAAGUACAAGCUCCCCAGCAGAUAAAUAACAUUUGUGUAUAAUAACUAUAUUAUGACCAAGUGUUGUUUGUAAUACUUUAUUUUUAGUGAUCUGACUGAUGAUAUUCACAAUUCCUCAUCAUCAUCAAGUGAAGAUGAUUGCAUAAAGACGACACAAAAGAAUGAGGGAAAGAAGAAAAGAGGUAGAAAGGCACAGUGGAGCCAGACUUUACUCGAUGAUUUGGUAGACAUAAUCAUUUCUAGCGAGUUCUAUAAAAAUAAAUUGAUUUUUACGAACACCAAGAAUCAAAGAAAUGGUGAAAUUUAUAAAAGAGUGUUGGUAGAACUGAAGCAACGUGGUUCAGCAAGAGGAGAAGAGGUACCAUUUGAUAACAUCCAAGUCCGCACAAAAUUUAAGAAAGUUGUUUCAGAAUGCAAACAUGUAGCCCUAACAAUUAAAACUGCUGGUGGAAUAGACAGAUUUAUUGAAGGGAAGGAUUAUGGAAAAUGGUUUAAUGACUUGUUUGCCAUAGUCAAGACUCGUGAUGCCUGUCGGCCAGAACUUGCAGUUGAACCAUCUUGUUCAGAAGAAAGUUUUGAGAUUUCUGGUGAAGAUGAAACAUCAACCUCGUCUGCUGCUGAGAAGAAGGAAAAGUUGGUGAUAAAUAAACGUGGUAGGAAGAAAAAGAAACAGGAUGUUGUCAAUGAAACAUUGAGUCUUAUUAAGAGUGCAAUCGAAAAUGAUCCAACAAAAGAGGUGCUGUCGUAUUUGAAGGAUGAAUCUGAAAAGGCUCGAGAGCAUGAGUUAAAAAUGAUGCAGAUGCUCACCCAGAGUUCAUCAGCAAACCAACCUCAACAACCACAUAACAUGCAGUAUCCUGGAUACAUGCAUGACGGAAACAGUCCAGUUUGGCAAUAUAACAAUCAAACGUUACAAUCACCUAAUCAAGAAAGUGGAUGGCCAUCUGGUUUCUUCAGACCGCCUUUCAGUUGAAUUCAAAUUUCAACUCAUUUCAACUAAAAUUUCAUUUCAGUUGAAUUUGUUAGUACAAUCUAAUACUUAUGGACUUGUUGUGUUUAUUUUAGUUUGAGUCGUGUGCUUGUCUUUUAACUAUGCUAUUUUGCAGGUGGCAAUGUUUGCAUAAUUUCCAAAAUGUCUUAUGUUCAAAAUUUCUUGGCAUUCAGUACUUUUUUUUUACAUAAAAUGGCAGUCUUUUCUAAAAUUUUUGUUGCAAAAAGCUUGUAGAAAUAAUUACCUCCUGUCCCUUGGCAUUACAAGCAUAUGUUUUAAACCAUGUUGAUGAAACUGUUUUUCAUGUACUAUUGUUUUUUUUUAUGUUUAAGGUUAAAGACCGUGAUUAGGUAUAUAGAUAUUAGAUUGAUAUUUAUUGAUACAUUGUAUAGAACCACAGACUCUUGUUGUUUGAUUGAGGAUUUAGUUUUUUAGAGAAAGUUGUAUGAUUCCUCUUGAUCAGACUAUCAAAAAGAGUGAGGUUUUUCCAUCUAGUACUGAUAUUAUUUGAAAAUUAUAAAGGCAAGAAUAUAUUCAACAUUGUUCAGGACUGACUGUCAUCAGUAACUUUAUUUUAAAUAUAAAGCAUUUGCAAUGCAAUCUGAUAGUCUAUCAAGGUUUAUCUUCCAGUAGUUCAAGUUUAUAUUUUUAGCAAAUGAUACUUGUCACCUUUCUGUCUGGUAAAUAAAAACAAAAUUAACGUGCUAUAUACAAAUAAUAUAUAUUUGCCUAGGUAAUGUUGAUCAGUUUAAGAAUUCAAUCCUUAAAAUUCUUUUUCUUCCCACAGCUUGUCAGCAAGGGCAUUUCUUACUUUCUUUGCUUGUUCAUUGGAAUUUCUUAUUCUCCUACACUUCGUCAUGCACAGUUCAUCUCGAAUUUCUUCACUGGAUUUCCUUGCAUUGGUAGUGGGGUCAAAAGUAAGAUCCAGUGUAGCAGGAAUUGCAUCUCCUUUUGCAAUGCAAAUAUUAUGUAAUACCAAGCAUGUUAGUGUUGUCAUGGUAACUUCUUCUGGAGUGCUCUCAUUCUUCCUCAACAUGAUCCUCCACCUGCCUUUAAGCUGUCCAAAUGCCCCUUCCGUGACCACUCUCGCCCUGCUCAGUCUAUAGUUAAAAUAUUUCAUUUUGUCACUUAAAACGGCUUCUGUGUAUGGUUUCAAUAACCAUGGUUGUAAGCAAAAGGCUGAAUCGGCUACAAUUAGUGGAGGAAUAAUUACCCCUGCUACCUUCCUCCCAAUAUCUGGAAGUGCCCCCUGAUUUUGAAUUUUAUCCCACAUAUCUGUAGCUUGAAAGAUAAUAGAGUCAUGUGAAUUCCCCGGAAACCCACAGCUUCCCCAUAAGAACCUGUACUUUGAGUCAACCAUAGCCAUAAGGACCACUGAGUAAAAGUUCUUAAAGUUGUGAUACUCUUUAGAAGCCUCGGCACCACCUGGUGGACAUUUGAUUGGUAUAUGACAUCCAUCUAAUGCACCCCAGCAGAAUGGAAAUUUCCACAUACUGUUCAUACUAUCCAUCAACUUUUGAAAGUCUUCCUCAACAACUGGCGUUAAAUUGGCAAUAAACUCAUUCCACAGGUUUUCAACAAUAGAUUGGCAUACUUCUGAAACUAUCCCAUGAAUCGUUGAUACACCCAGACCAGUCAUUUCUGAUAAAGUGUAAUAAUAAUCGCCUCUUGCCAAGCGAUACAAGCAAAUACCGAGAUGACAUUCUGGUGAUAUUGGACAUUCAUUAACUGUCUUUCGCACCAACUCGUGGCGAAUACUAUUUAGUAUAAAUAUGAAUGUAUCUUUUGACACCCGAAAUGUUCGCUUAAACCGUUCAGCAGAAUAAGUGUUCCAAACCAACUGCCACCAACCGUCGUUUCUUUCAAGCCUUCUGCACGAACGAUGAACUUCUUUCCUUUGUACGAAGAUCUGCAUCAUGCUCAAAAUACUCAUCAAGAUUUGCAAGCGUUUUCUUCUCAUUGCAAUUAUGAGUAGUGAUAUGCUUCUUAACAUUUGUCUUCGCCGUCUUGCUUUUAAUAAUAUCAAUUUCAUUAAAUUUGUCGCUUGUCAAUGACGCGCCAUAUUGAAAUUGAAAUUCGCGGGAAAAAAUAAAAACUAAUACCCAGUCUCCUUUUUGAUCACAACCAAAACAAAUUAAGUUUGGCGUAAUUAAAUACGCCGUAUGAAUCAACUGCCGUACUUAAUUCUACCAAAGCCGUACUUAAUUCAAUUGAAUUUGGCACAUGUGAAGUACGGCGUAUGAAACAGGCCUUAUACACCCUUAACAAAGGUCUACAAAAGUGCCAAAUUAUUAUGUGCCAAAUUAUUAUGUGCCAAAGACAAUUAUUGCUAAAUUGUUGAUAUUAUUAGUGCACAAUUUAGUACAGAAUUUACUAUAAUAGAUUCGAAUUGAAAUUUUAUUCUUUCUUUCCUUGCCAGAAACCAACAAUUUGUAUGUUUUUUAUGUAAAUUGAACGCGGCAAAUUCAAAAUUAUAUUUAACAGAAUUUCAUGGCUCAAGUAACAAUCAUAUUUUCACUACAUUCUUUCGCAAUUAAAGUGCUUAAAUAACAAGUCAAAAUAUAACUUAUUCUUACCUGUGAGAUCUGAAUAACAUUUUACGAACUUUUCCAUGCCUUUUCCAUCGUUUGGGUUUGAAAUUUCGAUAAAUUUCUUCACCAUGUAAGACAUGUAAAUGUGCUUUCAAAUUUUUAGCACAAAAAUUCGAAACGACGCUAUCCCAUGAUACUUUGCGAUCCGACACUUAAACUGGGCACCAGGCCUCCAAGCAAUGCGCGAACUAUUGCAGCCAGUUGCUUCAGUUGUCAUGUAUUAAAUAUAGUUUCUCUACGAAUAUAAGGAAUAUUUACAAAUGUUUUCAAUCAGUUACUGACUGUUAAUUAAUUUAUUGAUAAUCUACUUUAAUUCAACUUUAGAAAUUAAUUUUAGAAGUUAUAUGGUAUCAGGGAUGAUGGAAAUGGGGUGGGGCAAGGUCUCCUUUCCUAAAGGGGCAAAUGUAGCAUUUUAAUACAAAAUAAAACAAUAUUUUUGUCCCAAAUUUACUUUAAUAACAAAUUAAUUAACAACGAUAAAUAUGAUAGAAGAGAAUUUGUAUAUUUAAUUAGUUAUUCCCAAAGUCCUGGGUCUAGUCGCACAAAUCCUUUGUUGAAGGGACAAUAUGGCAGCACACGUUUAAAUUAAAAUUUAAUGUAAAAAGGAUAUAUUUCAUUUUUGGUCAUGUAAAAAGUUGAUAUUUGAUACUUCUACUCUUUCACAUAUUUGAUGCCUGUCUCCAUAUAUUUUGUCCCUCCAAAUCACCCCAGAAUAUGCACUGUGAUCUCUUUUGAGAAAAGGCUAAUUACAGUUAAAGUGAAUAUACUAACCCAUAUUGAAUCUAAAUCCAGGAUUGCAUUUGACAUCUUUUUUUUAAAAGAAUAUUGAGGAAAAAUAUAUCAUUUUGGAAAAAAAAUGCAAAAGAUGUUAUAUUUAAAGGGGAAGUCAAGUCCGUUCUGCGCAUCGGUUCUGCGCAUAACAAUGUGAGGACCUCUAAUGUGAAAAUUGCCCAAAUUUCAAAUGUUUCGAAUUUUUCUGAACAUAAACUUUAUUUCAUAUUCAUUUAGAAACAUAGCGAACCAAAAUAGUGUUAGAUAUUCCGACAGUACAUCAUAGUUUAAAAAAUACAGCAGUUCAAAAUGUAAACAAACCGUUUGUUUACAUUACGGACUUGACUUCCCCUUUAAAUUUUAACAAAUUUAUUUUCGUUCUUCGAGAAAAUAAGUAAGAAAUAAUUUAUUAUUAACCAUUAUUUCUUAUGUUAAGAAUUUGAUUUCUUGUUUUAAAAAUUUUGUUAAGAGAAUGAUUUGAUAUGAAGAUGAUGAAAUUGUAAGAAAACAUUCAUAUUUCAAGAAAACAAAUGUAAUUUAAGAUAUGUAAAAGAAUUUUUCUUAUUUCAAAAAAUGUUCUUCAACAAAUAUUUUCUUGAAGUAAGAAUUGUUUUCUCAAUAAGAAAUUAUUUUUUGCUGUGUAGUUGAGCUACUGUAUAUUGACAGACAAUUGACAUAUCUACAUAUAUCUGCAAUUUUUAUGCAGAUAUUUUGCAGAUAUUUUGACAGACAAUUUACAUAUCUGCAAAUAUCUGCAUCUUUUAUGUAGGUAUUUUGCAGAUAUGUUGACAGAUAAUCAACAUAUCUGCAACUUUUAUGCAGAUAUUUUGCAGAUAUUGUAGAUCUUGUUGCAGUUAUGCUGCAGUACUGCAACAGAUAUGUGACAGAUACUUGCAGACAUUUUACAUAUAUGUCAGUUUGGUAAGGGCCUGUACAGUGUGGCAUAAAUUUGGAUGGCAGUCAAGGAUUUGCCCACAAUUUUGUUUCCUACUGCGAGAAUUGUAAAUCUAAGACUAUCCUUUUUAACUCCUCCCAAGAGAACUGAAAGAACCUCCUUUUAAAAUGCCUCCACGGAAAGACCCAAAAUAACAAUGAAUGUUUGAACAAGCUAAUCUGGGAUCACUGCAGUAAGGAAGUGUUUGUUGGCAACCAAACCAUUAAAGAUGCUGCAUAUUGUGCUGUGGCUCAAUUUAAUGAUGGGAAUGUCAGUAUUAUGAAACAUUUUGACAAACUUGGCAUUACUCCAGGCAGGUUUACUUGUUGCUGUGGCCAAUGUGAAGCAGAUCUACUGGUCUGACAAGAAAUCUUCGGAUGGGGCAAAGAAACGAAGGAAGCAUCUGCGGUCAGUCAAGAAGGAGAUUUCAGGACCAAAAAGAUGGAAAUGUGUAUGAGAGUGGAGCUCAUUAGUUCAGUUAGAGUUGUAUUACAAUACAAUACAACAAUACAAAAGCUUUUAUUUCAACACGUUUUGUCUAAUCGCAGCACAAGUGCUGAUGUGGUCGUGCAACUAUAAUUACAAUACAUGUUACAAUUCUAAUAAACAUUAAAGUUAGUAAUUGUGUCUAAAAAGUCACUGUCUUUAAGGGAUGUCAUCAGUGAUGUAUAUGAACAUUCCUGACAAGAGUUUGGAAGCUUGUUCGACAGAACUGAUCCUCUGUACACAAUGGACGUCAUUAUUUCUGUCACGCAUAAUGGUAAACUUAACCUGUUCUGACCUCUUAAGGUUAUACGCUUUUAUGAUAUGCUUAGUGAAUAAGCUUGAAAUUCUCUGUGGUACACUGCCAGUGUAACAUGAGAUAGGCCAACCAGCCUAUGUUCAUAGUGCCCAUCCUAGGGACUUCCAUCCUGCUUUGAGUAAAGCUUCACCAGCUUCAGUAGUCCAAUGAAGUCUGUAAAUAAUUGUGGCAGCCUGGGCAUGCAUUUUCUCAAUGGCAGAAACACUGACUGGAAAUGCUUUAUUUUAAGUUCGUUUCAAUGAAAUUUUCACCACAGGUUCUUUGCAUGAAUAUCUAGGGAAUGGUGGCAAGAAUUUGAUAUCUAAUAAAAACUUGUUUAAUUAUUAACAUUGCUAAUGUUGCAGACAUUACAAAAAAAUACAAAAACAGAUGCUGGAAAAUAGCUGAGCAAUAAACUUUAAAAGUCUUAUCAUCAGAAUUUGCCUAAGCAUGCCAGUAACCAACUCUGAAAUUUUCAGAACCCUACCUUAAAUAAUGCCUGAGUAUUUUUGUUUGACGUAUAUCCUAGUUUUGACAUAUUGGCGGCCAUUAAAUAGCAUAAUUAGCAUAAUUUAUGCAAACAAAAUUUGAAACUGCACUUUGGCAUAUGUUUUUUUAAAUGGUAUAUAUUAUGAUUAGUUGUUAAAAUUGACUGGUUUAAAAAUAAAUUAAGAAGGAUAUUGCUACCUUAAUGAGUUAACAGAACUCAAAUGUUGUAUAUUAGAGAAAAUCUUAAAGUUCAAGAAGAUUAUUAUUAUUGCUACUUGAACAACCUUUUGUUUACAGUUUUGUUUAAUCUAUUUCUAGAAAAUAAAGUUUUUUCUUAAUUGUGCACUGUAACUUAUUUCAAUACAUCGAAAUAAUCGUGCUGCACAUCUCAUCCUGACAAAGUAGGAUCAUAUAAACAGCCCCAUAUUCAGCAAAUUGUGCAUGCUACCUUUGAUCCCUUGGGGGCACUUUUGAUCCCAGAGGCAGCACUUUCCUUGCGGUAGUAACUCCUAGUAUUGUAAAUAAAGGCAACUGUAUUCCAUAUUAAAGGAAUAUAUACUAUAGCUGGUCAAGGAUAAUACAAGUAAAAAUAGUCAAAUGAAAUUAUGAAAAAAAUAUAUAUGCAAAUUAAUAUGAAAAAACAAAAAUAUAAUAUUUAAUAAAUUUACGUACAAGUAUUUUUAGUAUUGGUGCGCAAGCCCUAGGUAAUUCCCUCUGACACAACACAUGGUGCAUGCAUACUCAAAUGUUGCAUAUUUCUGGCCAUGAAAGGCUGCUUUUUGGUUCAUCAAUGCAUUAAUGGUACCAACAUUAUGUACAUGUGGUCAUAUGUUUAGUAAACUGUUCUUUUAUAAUUUAUAAUAUGUUUCGCUGCUGUUUUCAUCUUCAAAGAAUUACUGAGACGUGUUGCACAAUUGGUGCUGUCUGCUUGAAAUGGCAUUGGCCAGUAAUGCCAGUCAAUUAGUACACACCUUUAACUCUUGUUUUCUUAGCUCAGCAUCAACUGUAACAUGGUGUUUCAUUGAAAUUCUUCUUGUUUUGACAAUCUUUGCUUCUUCUUGAUCCUAUAAUACUGUAUUGCAUUUAGCAUUUUGAUGGCUUUGAUCCACUGGCUUCAGAAUCUUGUGUAUCACAAUCUGGAGUUUCUUGGCCAACAACAGCUUUUUCUAACACAGACAUAAUUUCUGAAGCAUUGUCAUCAUUCAUCAUCUUUCCUUGAAUCCUGGAUAUCUUCAACUAUUCAAGUAAUAGAAACAGUAUAACAUUCUAACUGCCAUUCUGUUAUGCACUAAUAUAUCAACCAUUCAAGCAGUUCAAUUAAUUGUAAAAACCUUGUAUUACAAUGCAUACUAGAAAUACAUGCAUGCAAUAACCCCUCGCCUUUUUUCAAAAGACGUAUACUCAGUGCCGUUGCGAACACUUCGUCUCAGGGUGUGUGUGAGGUUAGAUAGAGGGGGGGGGGGGUUACCAAAAUGUUUCCAGAUGUACAAAAAAUUUUCAGGACAUAUAAUAGUUUUUCCGAAAAUACAGUUGUUUUCCAAAUUCACUUUCUCAUGUCCUGAGAAUUACCUGAAUUCCCCUGAAAAUCUUCUGCAAAUCUACUUAAAUUUACCUAAAAGUGCACUGGAAAUCUACCUGAAAUUCCUCAUGAACAAUUAUCAGGGGUGUUGCCCCCCCCCCAGUGAGUUUCAAGUAAACACUCUCUGAUUUAUUGUUCAUGUAUUUCACCUCCCAAAAUAUUGUGCAUCAUACUCUAAAGCAUUUUGCUGUUGUCAUGCUCUAGCGUGGUUCAAAUUUAUGAAUUUUUAUUAUAAUGUAUAGUGUUUUAUAGAGAUUUCGAGCACUGAUAAAAAUGAUAAUCUCACAUGUGAAAUUAUUCAUGAUAAUCUCACAUGUGAAAAUUAUCGCUUUUCAAUUAUCACUUUUCUGUAAAAAUUAUCGCUUUUCAAAGACUGUCCUUUAUAUAAUAAACAGAAAAAUACAUGGGUGCUUGGAAAUACCAGAUUUAUUUCUUCGUGUUGAACAUGACAUCUCACUCGUUCGCUGCGCUCACUUGUGAGAUAUCAUGUUCAACACUCGAAAUAAAUCCGGUAUUUCCGCGCACCCAUGUAUUAUUCUCAGAUAUUGAAACUACAACUUGACUGGUUUAAAUUAUUAUCAAGUUAUCAGUGAUUGUAAAAGUUGCAGAUAGAAGUGUUUUGUUUUAUAUUAUUAUCAAGUUAUUAGUGAUGGCAAAACCUCCAAAUCCUUAAUUUCAAAAGCCCCCCGGGGCUAAUGCACUUAUCAUCGGCUUCCCCGGAGGUCGACCCCCGAACCACCCAGGGGCUUUUGUUAAGAGGAUGGAACAAAACAUGAACAAAGCCCAAACCUCGAAAUUCGCCUCGGCACUCGGCAAUUGCCGACGCAAAUGCCGAGGCAAGUUACGAUUUUUCAUAGUUUGCCUCGGCAAAAAAAUGCCGAGGCAAUUCCACCUGUUGUACCUUGAAAUACAAACUACAGUGUUCGUUUUUUGUAUCACUUCUUUAAUUGUUCGAAUUGUUGUCAUUGGCGUCGGGUGAACAACAGAAGAUUUCAUUCAUAGCUACUUUACAAAAUAUUUAAAUUUGAGAUUUUCAGAGUCGGCUUCGGUUGCAAUAAAGAACAUGCAAUCUUGAUGGUUUAAAGACGGCACGUCGAGAUUUGUUUUAUCUUUUAGACUGUCACAUGAUUACCGUCAAGUUUAUUCUUUCAUACAAUUUGUUAUUAAUUACCACUAUAACUUUUUAAAAACAUUUUAAAUCAGGAAUUUGUAAAAUAAUAUAACUAACAAAUUGUCAAACGCCAGAAUCUACGAUCGUUAUAAUAAUUGUUUCAAUAAUAAUCGUAUAAUAAUUACUUUACUUCAUAAUUACAACUGCCGACGUGAAUGCCGAAGAGUGCCGAAGUAAUUGCCGAAGGAAUUUAAGGUGAUUUCAUCGCGUGCCUCGGCAAAAGAAAUUGCCGAGGCAAACUCGAAAAUUAUCGAAAGACUUCGGCAAUUAUUUGCCGCGGCAAAAAUAGUUGAAUUUCGAGGGUUGAAAGUCCCUGGGUACAGGGAAAGUUUAAUGACAAAAAUCAUGUUACAGCCUCCUACCCCCGGGCAAAAAAGCAAACAUACCAUCCCUAACAAAAACAAAAUAUUAUAUAACUGGUGAACUGGAUACAAAAUACAGCAGAAAAGUAAACAAUUUUAAAAUAACCGUCCAAAAAUGUCAGGUUAAAGCAUGUAAAGCAUGCAUGCACGCUUGAAAGAAUUUAUUUGCGCUUGCGCUGAAUUAUAAAUAAUUAGGGUAAGAUGAAGUUUAUACUAUUCGAACUCAAUGAUUCUUAGAUACGAGUAAUGUCCAAUACAGACAUCGAUAUCUAAUGUCUGAUGGUGAAGAUGGUGUAUGAUGGUGUAAGGUGGUUGUACAGGGAAGGGUUGUCAGAUGGUGUAUGAUGGUGUAUGAUGGUCAAAGUGUGUCAGAUGGUUGUCAGAUGGUUUAUGAUGAUGUAGGGUGAUUAUACAGGGAAGGGUUGUCAGAUGAAGAUUGUGUAUGAUGGUCGAAGUGUGUCAGAUGGUUGUCAGAUAGUUGUCAGAUGGUGUGUGAUGGUCGAAGGGUGUCAUUCGGUGUAGGAUGCUUAUACUACGUUGCUAUAUUUUAUUAUUACUUACAUAUAAUGUGGCCAACUAUGUCAUACUGUAUAUAAAAACAUAAUAUAUCUCACAUUACGGUUCUCAUAUGUGGGAAACGUAAUUCAAAGUAUUUGACAGAAUAUAUUUAAACACAUUUGACAGAUAUGUUCAAGGUAAUAAAUAACAAUAUUAUACCUCAAAUUCAAACUGUCCAAUCAGGAAGCUUAGUUUGUGCCACGUGAGCAUGAAAUUAAUCGCGAUAUCACGCCUUACGUCAUCAAUUAGCGAGCCUGCGUUCUUUUUGACAAUGUUCCACCCCAUGUUCCCCGGGGAACAUGGGGUGGAACAUUAUUCGCGUAGACCACGCGAGACAACACGCAUGACAACAACAUGGCCGACAAAAUAUAAAUAGUAUUGAUGAGUGAUGAAUAAUCUGAUGUAAAACCUGGGGCUUUUUCAAAAUUUUGAAGUAAAUUUUGAAAAAUGUUGUCAUUAAUAUUCCAAACGAUAUGUGAUUCGAAAGAAAAGCGACGAACCCGACUUGCGUUAAUCCGAAAAUAAAACAUCGUAUUCACGAAGGUAUCUGUCAAGUUUUUAUUUCUCAACUUGGGGCUUUUAAUUUUCGGUAUAAUAUAUCAUUUAUAGACCCUUCGCUCGGGGAAUUCGGCGAAAUAUUACCCUCAGUGAUGAUAUUUCCCUCGGGGCAAAGCCCCUCGGGAAAUAUCAUCACUUCGGAUAAUAUUUCGCCGAAUCCCCCUCGCUCCAGGUCUAUAAAUGAUAAAUAUAAUAUGAAUAUACUUCACCACCUGACAACCGAUGGUUAUAUCUAUAUUGGACAUACAUGUUAGAUACCGCUGACCAUAUGUGAAACAAAAUACCGUGGGUUUAUCCCGGGGGUUAACAGUGCCUGUUACCAAACCCAAACAAUUCCCCUUCCCCGAGGGACACUAUUUUUUACAAAAGACAACGAAUCCCCUCCUGUUCCCGGGGGUUCCCCCUGGGGUGUCCCAGGGGUCGACCCCUAGGGUGUCCCAGGGGUCGACCCCUAGGGAAGCCGUUGAUAAGUGCAUAAGGUUCGAGUGGAAAUGCCCAACCCCCGAGAUGUGCUUUACAGGAAAAUGGCUGGGCGAGGGGGAUGGGCACACUUGGAUUUGGCUGAUGCAUUAAAAGUCAUGGAAAAAGAAAAAAACUUUUCAUAUUGCUACUAUAAAAUGGCUUAUUGUGCUUAUUCCUGUGCUUAUUCCAGACUGCUUGUCAAAUAUUUACUUGCAAGAAGUAGAAAUUUACUCUGACCACUGGAUGAAGAAGACAUUAAAUAAGUACUGGUCAAUAAACAGAAAUGUAUUUUAUUUCAUACUAUUACAAUUUUAUUUGUAUGCUAUAAAAAUAAAAUAUAAACAUGCAGCCUCUGACAUGCAGCAUAGAAUAUGCAAAUUCGAGGCAAAAUUAUUGUUGAAUCGGUUUAUUUAUAGGAUUUUUACGAUUUUAUAACAAAUAGCAACUAUGAAAGUUUAUACCUUGUCUUCACAUAAUUUAUUUUGUUAGCCAAUGCUUUUAAAUUUAGAUAUUUUAGAAUCAGUUCCUUUCCUGGAACUGAGUGCUGAGUAGGCCGUUUUACUAUAAACAAAUUUUAGGAAUUGAUAACAACUUUGACUGAUAUAUCGUUGCACAUUCGGUCGCAGUCGGAAAAAUGUUCAUAGUAUGUUGUACUGUCGCUUGCAACUAACGAUGAACAGUCGCUCAUAAAAACAUUCGCGUGAUUAGAAUCUUCAAUGUUUGUCAAGAACAACAACACUUAAUUGUUGUUUCCCAUGUGUACAAUAAUAAGUAACAAAACUUUGUGUGGUCUGAACGUGUUGGACUAGAGACCUACUGGAAACCUUUACAGGCUUUUUAAUGAGAAUAGAGAAUGUUUUAUCUGCAACUGUUCACCCUUAGUUGCAACCGACGGUAUUUGACAGCAUAAAAUUGCCUGUGGCUGUGAUAAUUACUGAUAUAAAUAAAAUACAGUCUGGUUUAUACUGACUUGAGCGUGUCAUGACAAACUCUUUUUUGGAAAAUUGUGAAGAAAUAGUCGAAUAUAGAGGGUCGAACUUCAUACUUCAACUUUUAUAGCUACAGUAUCAUUGGUACAAAGCGUUGUGAAGACAAGCUUUUGCUUACCUUUCGCUUCAGCAGUCUUUUCCAUGCUUCUCUACGCUUUCCCAGGCGAGCUUCUCUUUCCUCAGCAGUCUCCUCGAGCAAACGUUGUCGUCUUCGCUCCCUUCUUUUCGCUAGACGCUCGGCUUUCUUGUCGUUUCCUUGCCGCUCUUCAUUUGGCUCCAUAUCUUUUCAAUUGGUAUUGGAUAGCGUAAUUGUUUGAUAAAAGUUUUAAUAAAACUAAUUGCUUUUAAAGCUGCGAAAUGUUUUUGCAAAUGUACAAAAAACUGUAGCGCAAAAAGCAAAGUAUUUUCAUGAAGUAUCUGUCAGUUAAAGUCGUCAUUCGUCAUACAACAACAAAUUUUAAAUUUGACCAAUCGGUGUUCGCUAUUCAUGACAGUCCGCCAUAUUUUUGAGAUCAGUGAGGAUGACCACCCACGCACAGUGACCCACGCCCGCGAUAUUUGAUGAACUUUAGACUUCCCUAAUGCUUUCGUUUCCCCGGGUGUAAAUAGCCGGGGGGAAUUAGUACCCUCGCACGGUGCUUCCCGCCGCCGGCUCUGGGAAGAAUCAAGAGAACGUUUUUCUUCAGUUGUUUUAGUGACGUCCAAUAUGUGGAUAUACACUCAGAGUAAUAUCACAAGCAUCAUAUUCACCUGAGUACAUUACACCAACACAGAAAAAUCAUUACUGAUUAUUAGAUUACAUUGAUAUCGAAGGAACUAGAUUCUGUUCCGAAAUAUCACAUACUCGAACCGAUCUGACUUGGUAGCUCAGUUGGCAGAGCAUUGGGCUAUCCAAAGGUUGUAGGUUUGAUUCCCACCGUGGUCAGGCAUAUUUUUCAUAGAGGUGAGCCGAUGUCUAAAAAAAGCUGAUUACCGAUUCCGAUUAAUCGGCAAAACCGAUGGUCAUCUUAAUAUUUUUUUACUAAUGUAUCCUCUCGUCAAAAGACUCAAAACAUGCAGAAACAGGAAGUGACAUUUUUAACACUGAUUCUGAAAUUCACAGCGUGCUACUGACUGGUCAACGGAAGUUACGGAACACGAUAAUUUAAUUAAUAAAUCUUGCAGAAAUGGCAGAAAAGUGAGAAAACAACUAUGAAAAAAUGUGGGAAAUCGAUAAACAUAGUGUUUCCACUUUAGUUUCGAUAAUUGUUUCCACACCAAAUAUUUGAAUUUCAUUUUUUUUAUUACACCGCUGACCAUACAAAUGGUGGAAGACAAUCGGCCGAUGGCCAAUGACAAUCGGCUGAUAAUUUAAUAAUUCUUAAUUAUUAAAUUAUUUCCUAUUUAAUCUUUUGUUUGCCACUUCAAAAUAGUGUGCCUUUAAUUUAGCAGUUCGCUUAAAAUCAUUAAAAACACGACAGUUUCUAAUUUCUAAGGGUAAAAAUGUAAAAUAAAAUAUUAAAAAUUUUGUGAAAGAACAAGCUGAUUAAUCGGAUUGGCCGAUGAUCGGCUCACCUCUAAUUUUUCAAGCUUGCCUGGUGUGGAUAUGCACUCAGAGUAACAUCACAAGCAUCAUAUUCACCUGAGUACAUUACACCUGAACACAGAAAAAUCAUUACUGAUUAUUAUCCGAAAUAUCACAUACUCGAACCGAUCUGACCGCGUAGCUCAGUUGGCAGAGCAUUGGGCUAGUAUUCCAAAGGUCGUAGGUUCGAUUCCCACCGAGGUCAGGCAUAUUUUUCAAGCUCGCCCGGUGCAUGUGGAUAUACACUCAGAGUAACAUCACAAGCAUCAUUUAAGAAUAAUUUUUAACUUUAAACAGAAUAAAUGAAUUAAUAUAAUAAUAAUAUUUUUAAUAAAUAAUAAUAAUGAUUUUAUUACAGUAUUUCCACGUGAGUGGCUCUUCAUCUGUAAACAAACUAUAUACUAUACUACAAUUGUUAUAAAAUAGAAAAGUUCUAUAAGUUAUUAACAUCAUGCUAAAAUUCAAAUUCAAAUAAUUCUUAAUUAUUAAAUUAUUCCCUAUUUAAUCUUUCGUUUGCCACUUCAAAAUAGUGUGCUUUUAAUUUAGCAGUUCGCUUAAAAUCAUUAAAAACACGACAGUUUCUAAUUUCUAAGGGUAAAAAUGUAAAAUAAAAUAUUAAAAAUUUUUGCAGCACUGGCUUGAAAAGUGUCAUUUUCAAGGGGCACAGUGAGUUUGGUUUUUGAGGAUGACCUCAAUGUUCUGCCAGGAGUGUACAACUCCAGUUUCAAGCAUGAAGGCCACUGAUCAAAGUACAAGGCCUUAAACAUAGCUUAAUUGGGCCAAAUGAAAAUCUCUACGUUCUUAGAUUGGAAGCCAUCCCAAUUUCAACAGAUCCAAUUUAGUGGCAUACCUUCCAACAACAAAACCAGCAGCCGCACACUGCACACGCUGAAGACGUUUCGCGAGAUAUUCAGGAAUCGGAUGACUCACUAUAUCAUAAUUAUAAUCCAGCUUUGAUAGCACUAGACACUCGGAUAACUGCUUUCUGAUAAGAUGCUUUAGUUUUCUUAGUACGGAUAAGGUUUUGUAACAGCUGGAUAUUUUUUUACUUAUUUCAAUUGUCCAUUACCAAGUUAAUUGAUGAUGCAAUUGGGUACCUAACAAUCGAGCGCUAUCAAGUCGUUCGAGUUGGUUUUCGCCUAUACGAAGGCCAGUGACAUAUUCGUGAAGCAGGUGAACUUUGGAACGCUGCAAAGUCGAGAACAGCAUCGCCUUUAUUUUCCCCGGGUUCAGUGCUAGGUUGCAUUCUUGAGACCAAGAAGACAUGUUAUUGAGAGCACAUUGCAGUUCCGAUUCACAUUGUUGUAGAAUGUAGAUCAGAUGGCUUACAAUGACGGUAGAGAGUAGUGUCGUCCGCGUGCUGAUGACAAGCAAUUUCUUGAGGCAACACGUCAUGCAAAUCAUUGACGUAUAAAUUGAGUAGAACUGGACCUAAAAUCGAUCCCUGCGGUACUCCAAAGGUUACGCUAACAUGCUCGGAAGAACGAUCGUCCACUUGGACGUACUGUUUUCUAUCUGUCAGAUAGCUUAUUAUCCAUUUCAGAGAGGUAUUCGCAGGGGUGGAAAAAAUAGGCGAGCAGGAAAUGUUAAACAGCUGUAGGAAAUUCCUAAUUUGAAUAAAGAUUUGGUAUUGAAAUUUUGAAGGAAACCUUAGCACCCAUGUCCCACUAUGGGCGAAACAACAUAUGGUUGACAGACAUUAUUCCUUGAAUUUAAAACCACGGUCAGCUAGAACACUAUAUGUUUAUGCACAUGCAGAUUUAGCACAAAAAUACUCUGUUGGUCUGCAAGAAAUUUUUGUCUCCAGGUUGUGCUCCCAGGAAGAAAAUUAUUUUUGCCUGCCCUGGGUAUUCGAAAAUCCUAAGCGAUGCAGCUUGGAUAACACGGUUUGAUAGGCAACUGUGUCAAACGCUUUCGAAAAGUCCUCUAGAACUGUAAUAGUGCAAUAGUCACUUCGCUCUUUUCAUUGCCCUAAGGAUAUCAUCUCUGAUAGCUAACAUGGUGGUAGUGGUGGAAUGGCCUCGACGAUAUGCACUGUUAUUGGGAUUAAACAUAGUGUUAUUUCCGAGGAAAUCUGCCAUUUGGCGUAACGCUAAUCUCUCGUAGACCUUUGAAAGUACACACAAGAUUGAAAUUGGCCGAUAAUCAUCAUUUCCACGAGGAUCGUAUACCUUGGGUAUUGGGCUAAUGCGGGCAGUUUUCCAUAGCAAUGGGAAUGUUUGCUUUGCGAUGCAAUUAUUAAUUUAUGAGUGAUUGGUGACGCGAGAUGAUCCGCGACGAGUUUGAUGAAUUUACAAGGGAUGUUAUUCGGGCCAGUAGAGCAGUCGGAUCUUAGAUGUUUGAUCUCGUUCAACACCUCCCUGUGAGUAACUUGGCGGAAUUGGAAGGGCGAGUUUGAGUCUUGUGGUAAUGAGGCCAGAAGCGAAUAUAAAUCAUCUCUAUCUAGUGGCGACGAGGCUACGACACGCUCAGCUGUUGAGGCAAAAUGUUUAUUUAGUUGAUUCGGAUCUAUUCGCAAAGGUUGAGGACUGGGGUACAAUAUACGAUAAAUAGUUUUCCACCCGUCUUUAGGUCUCUUAGACGAGAGCGCUUUCUCUACGAAUACAGUUUUGGCCUUUUUUAUAACGUUCUUCAAUUGGUUUCGGAUAGAUUGUGUGGGCUCUUAUGCGCUUCAUAGCGACUCUGCUUGCAUUCUUUUUGGAGACUUUGAAUAUCGGUGUCUUUCAUCCAAGGUGCAGGAGAUCUAGUCAAUUUUGUUCGCCGAAGGGGUGCAUGCCUAUCGAGACAUUCAAUUAUUAGCUAGACCGUUGAGAGUGGUUAUUUGAUCAUCAGGAUUGUCAAAAGCAUAAACCAGCUGGAAAGGCAGUUUGGAAAAAUCUUCAACAAAUGUGGAUUCAAGAAAGCAUUUUUCAUUUCUGAGGUAUUUAUAUCUUGGUACAUAACGAAUGACAUGUGCGUUGACAGUGACGUAAGGUCUGUCGUGGUCACUUAUCAAAGGGCAUGGCAAGACAUCUGUGUAUGUGACGUUCUUAGGUAAAUUAGUCAUAAUAUGAUCAAUAAGCGUGGAACUAGUAUUUGUCGUUUGUAUUGAAAUUUUUGCGACUUGUGGUAUGGUUGGACGAAAAUGGCUGUAAUAAGUUCAAAAGUUCCUCUAAAAGUUCAAAAUUUCGUCUACUUCAAGCUUACCGGUAAUUUACAACAAAAUUAAUUUGCAACAGUUUUGCAUUCGCGAACCGCAUCAUUUGGACAAAUGAAUUGCAAAACUAUGAACAAUAUGUUUGAAAGAUUUGAUAUUACCGUAAUGACUUUUCAAGUUUUCAGAAAUAUUGCACUAUCCUUGGAUCCCUAGUUUUAAUUAGACACAGAGGUGAAAAUCUGCGAUUUUGACUAACAUUUUUAAUCGGCCUCGUACAUGCUUAUGUUUUUUUCACUUGGCAAGAAAAGCAUGUCAUUCAAUAGCUAAAAGCCUGAUCUUUCCGAAUAUAAAAAACAAUUGUUCAUGCGCCGAGUAAUUCACGUAUAAUAGCGGGCUGAAUUUCGAUUACUUUUUUUUAUACACCCUGUAAAAUGGUAGAACACUAAUUGUACAAUUAGGACAAAUCCAUUCUUUCGGCGUAAUAGCAGACAUAAAUUUAGCUGCCAAUGGAUUAGCGCAUUUUGCAUGGAUAAAGUCAAAACAUGCUGUGCAAAUAUAGCGCUCCUGAUUUAUAGCCACAGAUUUCUUACAUUCUGUGCAUCCAGGUGAGGCUUGUCUUCGAUUCUGUGUAGUCGUAGGCGCUGUAUCAUUUGUAAUAGCUUCGGGGCCAGGAUUUACUUUAAUAUCCCCACUUUUAAGUAAUAGGGAGUUUAAGAUCUUGACGACAACAAAUUUAUCCCAAAUAUGUUUUAUGUACAUGGCUUUGUGUUCGGCAAUUUUCAUCUUUUAGUUUUCAUCAUUUCUAUAUAAAAAAUACUCUCCAACCUGCAACGUUGCGUAGUCAGUUUCGGUGCUAUGUUCUUGAUUCUGUUUUAAAACACAAGAAUGUGAUUUUUACGCUGUAGCCAAGGUCGCUACGGUAAAAAGUAUGCUCUGGGGAUAAGUAAAUUUUGUCUGCCUUUGUUAAAGCUAUGAGAAAACAAGCCUUCAACCGUACUCCGUACCCGUUGUUCGUUGUCGGGAUCUUAAACUCCCUAAUAUUUGAAAGGUUGCUGUGGUAUUAGCAUAGUAUACAGUUUGUUUAAACGACCAAGUUUUCCGUCUUUUCCGAUAGCUGAAGAUCAAUCCAGUUUGAAAUAACGGCACUGCCCGACCAGAUGAUAUACAGGUCAAAUGUUUGUCUUUGCUGUUCGAUUCGUAAGCAGAAAAAGCAAGCAAGUCAUCACCACGGCACUUAGACGUAUUCGCAACGAAUAUAUUAUUAAUAUAUAAGUUGUUAUAAGGUUGAUCAAUCUUUGACGCGUUAGUUCGGCUGAAAUUCGCUUCCCUAUCUAAGGAUACAACAUUACACAAGUUGUAACCGGUCUUCAUAUAUCCAGCACAGAUCAUUCCUUUGCAUUUCAAUCCAAAAUAAAGACAAAUAAACAACAAAACCACGGAGCUCCAUACUAAGCACAUCGCCAUUUUGAACUCAGUAUAUACUUAUACUAUCAUAGCUACCUCGAAAUCCUUUGUCUCGCGAGAUGUAAUAAAUGACCAAUUUACCUCAUUGCUAAAAGUUACUAAUCGUCCCUCAUCUUUAUGCAUGAUAAUCUCUUAUAUUGAUGUUCAAAACGAAAUGAAAAAUCAACCGUAACCUCAUUAACGAAUAUCCCAAUAGUCAUUAGUAUCAAAGAGCAAACACGCCUUUCGAAUGAAACCGUUUCAUUGUCUCAGUAGCUAUGAUAUUACCAUGUGAUAGCAUGGCAUCACGGUCGAUUAGUGAUGAAAUGUCUCUCAAUCCUCGAGAGGUUUAGUAAAAGAUCCUCGGCGCUGCAUUGCUUACUAGACCUCUCUACCAGCCUCGUGCUUGAGAAGAUUCGCUAAAAUGUAAAAUUCCCCCAUCCCCUGGGGCAAAUCCCCGUCUAAUCCCCUUCAAGUUCCCCGUCUAAUUCCCAUCAAGUUCCUUUGUGUUUCCAGGGUGGGAGGGGUGGUGGUUCCCAGUGGCAAGUGCAUAAAAGAAGUAGACAUUUCGUGUUACAGUUGUGCCAAUAGAAGCGUUCCGAAAAAUGUUGACCAGUUCAUUUCCUAACUUCGAGGAGUUCCUCGGAACAGUUGGAGAACCUCAACAAUUUGAUAAGUUCCUUAAAAAGUUCCUAACUUCCUGUUUCAUUGACCAAUCAUAUUGCUCAAAUAAUAUUGCUGAAAUAGGAAGUUAGGAACUUUUUAAGGAACUUAUCAAAAUUUUAAGGAAUUGUUCAGAGGUGUUCCUUCAAGUUAGGAAAUUAACUGUUAACAUUUUUCGGAACGCUUCUAUUGGCACGACUGUAAAAACAUUGUCAACAGCUAUGAAAUUAUCAUAAACGGUGUUUCCAUUUUUCAAAUUAUUCGAAAUCAAAAGUUCGUUCAAAUUUCUAAUUCAGAAAGUGAAAAACCAAUAUACGAUAAUAUCCGACAGACCGUUUUUUCCUUAUUUACAUAAACAUAGGUAUAAGCAACUACAACAAGGGUGAUAAUUACUAUUUAUACAACCACGACAACAAUAAAUUGUGAUCUCUGAAAUGGCAUAAGAGUUUUGAGAGCACUUUUAUGAAACAUUUUUAUAUUUCCAAGACAAGAUUUUAAAGUUGCUUUGGGGAUAAAGCACAUCCCCGGUGAAAUGAUCAUGCACAACCCGAACGUUCAUCAAUGUUUGACCAUGAACAUUCAUGAAAGUUACUCAAAUUGUCCAUGAACUGGUUAUGAAUAUCCAUGAACAACAAAUGAGACUUUUUGAGUUCAUGGCCGUUCAUGAAUACAGUAAUCAUUCUUAAGAAAACACAAGCCAUAUAUAGAAAUUAUAAUUUACAUUUUAUACACACAUUAUCACAUUGUAUUUGAAAAUAUAUAAUUCAAAAUUAUUUUAAUGUUCUUAGGGCUAGUGUUCAAAUAGCUUGAUUAGUGCUAGACCAUAUAAUAGCCACAUUUAAUUAAAAUACAACAGUUAUAAAAGCUGUAUCAGAUAGCAUUUAUGCAACAGCG